AUAUUAACUGUGGCUGGAGAACUCAAAAGCUGGAAAUGGCCCAGACCUUCUCAGCUCAUAGCUUAGGUUUCCAACUACUACACUACUAGAGGUCAACAAACAAUAUAUCUGUGUGGCUGUUUCCUGAUAUAUCAGGGAGAAUAAUUACAUUCCUAGCCAUCUUGCCUCCGUUCUUCUUUCUUGAUAAUUCUGUAUUUUGGCCAGCUCCAUUCCUGGACUUCCAGCAAUGUACAUAGCGCAGACUAAAUGCCUACUUCCUUCUCUUUUCCUCUAUAAGACAGCAAAUUUAAUCAUAUUCCUGCAUCCUCAUAUCCCAUGACUGCCCCACAGUGGUGUUAAUGAUUACCAUGCGUAAUCCAGAAGCACAUAGUUAUUACUGCAUUAGACACUGACACAUAAUUCUUAUAUACAUGGCAUUAAAUUCUGCACAUUUUUAUUGUCAAAAGGAGGUUCUUUCUUGGCCAUCUUUUCAUUAAUGAGUGGAUACAAUUCAGAAGUGCCUUUCAAUAGAAUAUUGGACAAGACAUCUCUGGUGAAGCACAUGAGGAAAGUGUUCCCAUAGCAACAGAAAGCCAGGAAAGAUCGCAGAAUUCCUUUCUUUAACCCCCACUUCCUUUAGAUUGUCUUUCACAAUAGAUGCUUCUAAUCUAGAGAAUCAAAAGAAGUUUUUUGUUAUUCAGGAUUUUCUUCAGCAAGACGCUUUGAGAGUGAUGGAAAUGGAUCUUUAUCUCAGCCAGUCCCUGAUCUUAUUUAGGCAAUUCCUAUGUUCUUAACUAGUUAGUGAGGAAGCUAGCGACAAAGCUCGUUAAAAAUCAUGUUAUAAUCUGAAUUAUGUGGCUAUGAAGGGGGUUUGACUAGAAGACCCUUGGGGUACAUUCCAACUCCACAAUUCUAUGAUUCUAUUAAUGUAGUAUUCAGUAUAGAUUAAGCCUGAGAGUUCAGAGUGGAAUUCUGUAUCAAUGUGACUCUCUUGAACAAAGCAAGGGAGAAAAUUAGGGUAAAAUACAUAGCUGGUCUUAAGCAUGCUCGGGUCUUGUUCUCGGUACAGGAACCAGAAGUUCAAGAAAAAGGAACCAGAACCAGAACACUUGCUCACAUAUUGCACUCAGGGCCACAUUAAUUAGUUAAUCAUUUGAAUAAAAAAAAAAUUAGCAAAAUGAAUGGAGAUUAUAUGAAACAGCAACAUAAUAAGUCAACUAAAAUGAGAAAUUCUAGAUCAGUGUUUAUAACAGUCUCUUGCAGCAAAACCAGCACUACCUUUUGGCACAUGAAUGUCUUACAAAUUUAUUGUGGCGCGACCUUUCGUUGGCAAGAGCUAGCGUCAUCAGAUGAAGGAAGCUUGCGGGACAACAAAUUUGUUUGUCUUUUUAAGAUGCCACACGACCUUCUUGUGUGACGUUAUGCUCGAAAACCAAUAUGACCCUUGACCAAUGUGAGCCUUGCAAUGGUCUCAGAGCAACCAGAAUAUUUAGCAUAGCCUGCAAUCAUUCACCACCUCAAUGUGCCCUUUUACAGAUAAUGGUACAAAACUCUGAUGAUGUCUCUUUCUUGCCUGGAUCAAGAAUAGAGAGGGUUCUGCGAGUAUGUGUAAAAACUAUCCAGACUACAAAGGUAAACUUUACAUUAACUGCACCACUCACUGCCUCUAGCCCUGGCUAGCACUGGCAUGUGGCCCCAAAAAUAGUCGGGGGGGGGGACAUAGGAAAAGCCUGCUAGAUAUAGGCCAAUGGCCCAUCUAGUCCAGCAUCCUAUCCUCAUAGUGGUUAACCAAAUGCCUGUGGGAAAUCCACAAACACAGUCUCCUCUCCUAUAGCUUCCAGCAAUGAUUGUUCAGAAGUAUUACUGCCUCCCAACAUGGAGGCAGAGCAUAGCCAUCAUGACUAGUAGCCAUUUAUAUCCUUAUCCCCCAAGAAUCUGUCCAAUUCUCUUUUUAAGCCAUCCAAAUUGGUAGCCAUCAAUGCCUCCUGUGGCAGCAAGUUCCCCAGUUUAACUAUGUGCUACGUGAAAAAGUACUUUUAUUUUAUCUGUCUUGAAUCUUCUAGAAUUCAGCUUCAUUGGAAGUCCACGAGUUCUAGUGUUAUGAAAGAGAGAGAGAAAACUUUUCUUAAUCUACUUUCUCCAUGCCAUGCUAAAUUUCUAUCAUGUCACCUUUUCUCUAAACUAAAAAAAUCGCAAAUGCCAUAAGCUUUCCUCACAACGGAGUUGCUCUGACCCCUAGAUCAUUUUGGUUACUCUUUUCUAAAGCUUUUCCAUCUCUACAAUUGUCCAAAAGGAAACACAAACCCUGGUAAGCACGCCUGGUACCCCUGGAAUCAUGGUCAGAGAUUGGGGUGGCAUGUAACAAUAUUAAGGAAUCCAACUUAUACAGUACAGUGGACGUUACGUUACCUUCGGGUAACAUAACUUUCGGGUUGCAAACACGGCAAACCGGAAGUGUAUAAUUCCGGGUUGCGAACGUACGCACAAAACGCUCUGCGAACCGCGCACAUGUGCAGAAACGCUCUAUCGCGCCACACGCAUGCGCAGACAUGGUGCCUCUAGGUGUGGACUUUUCGGAGUACUUACGGACCCCCAGAAUGAAUUACGUUCAUACCCAGAGGGUCCACUGUACCAGUCAGUAAAACAGUUUUUAAUAAAUUCACAAUCCACAAUAUUUAUUUUGGUUUGAAAAUCUGUGAAAACUCCAAAUAACUGCAUUAGAGAAUAAAAAAAAAAGUUUUGGAUGUUUGCAUAAACUUACACCUUAAAUAAAAAAGUAAAUACAAUGGUUUACUCCAAAUAUUACCUAAAAACGAAGAAACUGUGGCAUUCUUCAGGAGCCAGUUCAAUUAAUCUACAAUAUCCACAGGAUUUUAAAAUGUUCAUGGGGAGGAGGGAGGUCAUUAUUCAGCAAGAGAUCUCCAUAUACCAAAAUAGGUGUUCCCAAGUGGCUCACACAUAUUUAAUAUUUAAUAUGCAUAAGGGUGGCGCUGAAAGGAGAGAGAAAUGGCACUCAAUACCUAAGGGUGUGUCUAGGAUGCUCCCGCAGAGCGUACACGUUGCUAAACAUAUUAUCAGUACAGUCAAUUAUAAACACUCAUGGGGGCUAGGGGCGGGAGGAAAUUCCAGCCACCCACUUUCCCCUGACCUCAUAAGAGAUAAUCAGAGCCACAUAUAUGUUCAUUGGGGAAGAUCAUCUUAACGCAAGAGUCAGUCUGCUGCUGCCCAUAAAUUUCUCUCUAGUGGAGCUAUAGUACAUGAGACUGGUGUAGCAGGUUGACUUUGAACAGGGAUUCUCCUGUUGAAACCACAGGGGUAGUCUUGAGAAGCCAUUAUCCCUCAACGUACAUCCUUCCAAAAGUACCAAAAAGUACUUGCAAAGAUUUAGGCUGUAAUUCUACACAACGUUAGCCUGCUUAAAUCCCACUGCCUUUGAGUGAACUUAAAAAGUUGAAUUCUGCAACUGUAGGCCUUACCCAUUGUUUUACCCAAUUAUGUUUCUUAUUUCAGUGAAAACAUUCAAACCCAUUUUUGCACAACCUUACAGGGGCAGGGACAGGGUUGAGGUUCAACAAGCUAUUUUGUACAACGCAAAGUAGAGCAUUUUGUUUAACGUAAAGGUGCACUUAUAUAAUUGUCCCAAACAUUAUCACAAUAAAGUAUUCCUUUGUACUGAAGAACCAAGAGCACACAAACAUAUUUCUUCUUCGGUUUGCGUUCUUAAAAAAAUUAUUCUCAAAAAAACCCACACACAUGUGCUUACGUCAAGGAAAACUGACACAUAUUCAAUCAAUACCAACUUGUCACACGCCUAAAGUUUAUUACUAUUGUUAUAUAUUUAUUAUACCUCGGCCUUUUUCCCUGAGGGGACUCAAGGCGGCUGGAAGUGCAGCACCCAAUGUUUUUAUCUUAAGAGAUACAAAGCGGAAUUGCCCUUCCUGCUGGUUUGCUAAAGGAAAAGCCCCAGUAAUUCAGUUUUGGUUAGCUUUGGUUCUGGCGUCACCCCCUGCGCACCAAGGUAGAAAAGAAGCCCACAGCCAGGAAAAACCAACAACCUGCCUCUGUGGUUUUUGCUUACCUAGCAGAGAGCCUAUAAAGAUGAUAACUUGCACCGCGGUGGUAAAAUGUCGGUAGGUCUGCUCGUCCCGAUGUGCCUCCCCUGGCGAAGUCCCGUUGCCGUGGGCGCUUCUGUCGAUCCCCGCGAUUUGCGCGCUGGACGCGUUCAAAGCGCCGGCGACGGCGUGGUAGGGCCCGCGCUCGCUCGCGUUGACGGAAGCCCAGCUGGCGUUGGACCCCAUGGCGAGGGGUCUCUUUCCUGGGCCGCCUUACCUAGCAAGCCCCCCGCGCGGGUCCCGCGCUCCUCACCGAAGGAAGCAGGCGGCCGGCAGGAGCCGCCUCUGUCCACACGGCAGGCUGCUCCAUAGGAUCGCUGGACCCGGGGAAGAAGCGCGUCUCGCUUUUCAUGCCCGGUGUCUUAGCAAGGGGCUGCCUUCACGGCGCAAUGGGGAAGAGGAGAAGCGAAGCUGCUUGUAGCUCCGUGGUUGCCCCAUCUGCCUUUACCCCUGUCCAUCCUCAGCGUGUCACAAACAUAAGCCCGAGCGACAUGCGCGCCAUGCUCCUGCUUCGGGGGUCGCACCGCGCUUGCAUCCAAAAGGGAAACACCAGCUCUAACCCAGUUGGUGCUGCGCCUUCCAGUGCCAAGGUUUUGCUUCGCGUUCACAUCUUUGCACAGGGAAGCGGCAUCUCUCUGCCUUAGGCAUCCUCACAGGCAGGUGCCGUUUGGGUGCUCAGCAAGCCCCAAACUCCCAUGUGGGGAUGUUGUUUCUCAUUUGAAUUAUGCCACAGUUCUCUUCGGAACACAGCGGCCGAACAGCGCUUGGGGGAACGCGGCCUCCUUUUGCAUUGGCAUAGCUCUGCGCCGCUCGACAGGCUGCAGAAUGAGCAGCGAGCAACUCUCGUCUGCCUCCUUUGCUCCUCGCUGCCGUUUUUCAUAGAGAGAGCCAGAGAGAGCGGGUCAUGUGACGCUCAGCUGUGGUAGGGGAGGGGCAGGUUUGUUUUUGUGUGUGUGUGGCAGCCAUCUUGCUUUUUGGGAGCUGUCAGUUCAAUGUCUGAGGAAAACCCAAGGGCGGGGGGAUCGUCUUCAGAAUUCAGAAAGUUUAUGCAAGUUCCUUAAAUAGCAGUGCACGUGAAAAGGGAGGGAUAUGUAAUUCAUAACGUUACAUUUAGUUGGUUUUUUCAAAAGGAGGGGUUUGUGUGUUUAAAUACAAUAUGGAUGUCUUAGAAUACUUCACACUUUCUGGACUAACCCCACCUUGCAAAACACGUACACCAAAAGCCUUUUAAAUAUUGCACUUGCAAAAUAGGUCAUGCAUUGUCUAAUGUGGAUAUUGACCUCCAGUUUUAUUUUUGCAAUUGACUACUAGCAGCAUGUAGGCGAUAACCUCCAACUACAACUAGAAAACUCUCAGACUUUUCCAACAGUAUAUUGUUCUCCGAAUGAAUAGAGGUGCUAGGGAUAUCCCUGAAGUUUUCCUUUGGAUGAGAGCACUAGAUACUUAAGAUGUCUUGGAAGGUUUGUUUUGUUUCCAGAUAUGCCUGCAUAACAUAGUGGAAGCAAACAAGAACCCCUAUAACAUAGCAGAUACCCAGAUAUCUUGUACCCCUUCUCCCACUGCACCCUAGAAUCCAGCUAACUCUAACUAGAAAAUUAUAGAUCGCUGCUGUUUCUCUCCUAGUUUAAAAUAUGAGCUGCUUUUUGCUGUAUCUUUGUGCCUACUCUAGGGUUCAAUCGCUGAUGGGUAUUUCAUUCUUAAAACUCCAUUAGAUAUAUUCUGAGCUAUCAGGAUUUCAUUAUCGUGCUCUAAGUUCCCAAGCAACCAUCUGGCUUUGCAAAAGUGAUAUGUCAGAACUGCUGAAGAACAAUGGCUCCAUUCACAUCUCAAACAGGCAGCUGAGAAGGAAACCAUGCUUAAUGAGAAGGUCCCAGAGAAUCAGUAGAGGUGCACUCCUCUGUUACUCCUGGCAUAGAUCAUUCAGUAGGAGGACUACUAAUUUCUGUCCCAAAGAUGGUCAAGAAGCCAAAUUUAAAUGAACCAAGAUGAUCAGCACCAUCCAAGAAUGUCCAGAGCUAAGUCAUGCAAAAUGUACACUGACCUUUGCUAAUUGUCACAAAGUGGGGCAAAUCUAAUAUGAAGGAAUUAAAAUGGUAGCUCUCUGAAAUAAUGUGAAACUAUCGUGCAUCCAUAACAUUUGUAUGGGAAUACUGCAUAUAGAGCAAUAAUAGUAUAAUCUAGAAAUAUUUACACUAGGAAAAAUGAAAUAUCUUAAGUCUUAGAAAAUAAUUUAAGCCAGGCAACUUUAAUUUAGUUUUCUAUGGGGCUUUUUUAAAAUCAAAAGAAAUUUCAGUAGCUGCCAUAUAAUACCAUCAUUUAUUUUCCCACUUCAGUUACGACAUGCUUAGUGGUUGAAAGAUCUGCAAUGGCUAUUGCAUUAAAAUGUUAAUUUAAUAAAGGUAAAUACUUUUGUCGUUAGAAAUGUGUACUAAAUGACAAUGAACCCGUAUGCUAUCCAGAAGUGAGGGGGUGGGUUCCUGUGGUGAUGGGUCCCCAACCCUUCCCUCGAAUCAAUCAAGAGCUGUCUUCUCCAACCUGCUGCCUUCCAAAUAUUGGACUACCACUGCCCUAAUGAACAAGGGCCAGUAGUUAGGGAGGAUGGCAGUGUAGUAGUCCAACAAACAUCUGGAGGGCACCAGCUUGGAGAAAGGCGAUCUAUGAAGGCGACGGUUUCUUUACAGUAUUUGCAUGCUUGUUACUGGGCUGUGCAGAGCAGAGACCUGAAGAAGGGCUAUGAAGGAAGCUCUUAGUUUUGUUUUGCAAACUGCAACGGAAGGUGGGGCCGGCGUGGUAACUCCAGGGCCACGGCCCAGCAGCGCCUUCCCCGGGCUUCCUCUCGCGCUGCCGCGGUGUUUGGUGGGGCCUGCAAAGCAGGGCGGGAAUAGCAGGCCGCGCGGUUCCGCCCACCGCGGCGGCUGCGGCCUGGCUCGGCGAAGUGCAGCCGGCCUCCCUGGGGGGGGUUCGCUUUCCACCCCCCCACCCCUCCCCGAGCGGACAUGGCCCAGGUGAGGGGCCUGUGGCAGCCGCGGGGGGAGGCUGCCGAGGCGUCCCCGGAGCAGCCCGAGAGCUACCAGCUUCGCCAGGAGAACGAGCUGCAAGUGCUGGAAUCUAUCUACGGGCGGGACUUCCAGGACUUGCGCCACGGCAAGCCGUGGAAGGUAAAGGGCUGGCCUCUCGCGGGCAGUUUCCUGCAUGGUCGGCUUCUCAUCUCGGGGCGGGGGGCGAGAGGCAGGGCCUUUGCCUGACCAGCCUCACAGAACUUGCUGCCUUAUAGCGUUUCCUAAGGUGGUUUCCUCAGCGUUUCUCGCUCGGCAUCCGUUCCGUAUUUUAAGAACCGAGGCCCUGCCUUCACUUUUCGAUGCCCGGGGAGGCUUAACAUCCGCGUUCCGCUGAAUGCAAAAGCAACCAGCGCCUGCAGUGUGCUUCGGAAGGCAUGCCAAGGGCAGGGCAGAAAUUCCCUCUGACUGUGCAUCACUCGUUUUAUUGGUAACGGGUCAUAACAGUUGCGUUGGAGGCGACACGUCCUUACCUUUUAAUGAUUGCAGGGUAAACACAAAGUGUGCGUCAUCAUGGAAGGCUUACGGUUAGGAGCAGAGGAAGUUGGCUUAUGUCAAGUUAGAUCCUUGGUCCCCUCUAGCUCAGUGUCGUCUAUGCUGGUUGCCAAAAGCUCUCCAUCUUUCCCACCUGGGGAUACCUGGGAAUUGAACCUGGGACCUCUUGCAUGCAAAACAUGUGAUCUGCCAGCAAGCCACCGCCCUUUCCCAGUUGUUUUCUUGUUUUGUUAGAGGCCUGUUAUUCUUUAUAUUACUUGCACCCGCAAAUUUCAGCUGGCUAACAAAAGUCAGUCACAACUUCUGGACCAUUAGUGCUAUGCCUUAAAUCUUAAAAACAUUUUAAAUAGUUUAGCAAAUAAUGCGUGUUAAUACUGCAAGCCCUGAGUUUAUUGUCUCGUCUCGCCUUAUCAAUGUUCCAUAAGAUGACAGUUUUUGACUAAUUAUGCUUUGGAGAUCACAUCACAUAGUGUAUCCACACGUUCAGUAUUGGAGUUUUUCUCAGAAUCUUCACAGAACUCAGAUUAUCACAUAGUUUCACAAUUUGUGAUUUACCAAAUUUAAUGUAGUCUCAUCGGUGAGUUCUUGUGCAUUAGGAGCCAUGUCAGUCAUCUAGAAAGCAUAGUCACUGUCACAGGCAGGCAGCAAAAGCAGGAAAUUAAUUGAAAUCCUGGUUGGCAAUCAUUCAGGGUUGGUGGGCUGUAUCCAGAUUUGCAUCUCACAAGUUGUGCAGAGAAAAACAGGUUUUGGAACCUGCCUGUUCCUGAAAUUCAACCUUGAGUAACUACUCUGGGGCAGGGGGGAACUGCCUUGUGAAUGCAGCUGAGGGUUAUCAUUGUUGGUGUCUCUACACUGAUAACGUUAAGCAAACAUGUCUAGUGUGCACAGCCUGAGAUACCUCAAAAUAUGGUUAUUAUUAGCCAUCAUUUGCUUUCUCCCCAAGUGAGCAGUGAUAUAAUAAGUAUCCAAGGGAAUUGUCAUUUUCUGCUCCUCCCAAGUGCCCCUGUUAAACUGUGAAGCAUCUUGUAUGUACUAAAGUGAACACUAAUAAUUUCUCUUGUGUGCUGUUAUGUUAGGCAUAAUUAGAAGGGUUAUUAUUCAUGCUGGUUUCCCCAAAGACUAUGUUCCCAACCCCAUGACAUUUGUGUGUGACACUUGAAACACGUGUUUUUUAACAUAAUCUGCUCAUGCUUUUCCUUGAAUGCAAACACCCAAGUUAUUAAACUACUAUUACAUGUGUAUGUCAGGAAACCAUAUUCCAUCCCACAAAUGGCAUAGUUUCCCCCCCGAAGUUCUCCCAAAUUGAAGUUAAACUUUGGGAGUCUUGUUUGAAAACAGUGGUUAUCUAUUUUAAAACAUUUUUACAGGGUUUGUUGCAGUUUAAUGUAUCUAGGAAACAGAAUUCAGAGCUUUUCAGAUAGGAGCAGAAUUAAUUCUUGAUGACUAGGGAUACUGAGGAGAAGGUUUAGCCUGCACCACAGUGUUCUCCUCUUGCUGCUUCUAUGCAUAUCAGUGUUUUUCGUUUUUAAGAGUAAAAAUAGAGAGGUGUAAUUAGGGGCAAUGUUGCAGUGAAGGCACCCUCACCCCCCAACACAGGGUGGCCUGAAUCUCUCACUGACUAUGGGUUUCUGCAGGGGUGCACUGAGAGAGAUGAAUUGCUCAUUCUUCCUCUGUACGCUUCUAUACCCUGCUUGUUAUAGUCACAGGCAUUUUGCUAGUUAAACAUAAUUUGCUGCUUUCUUUGGCAUUUGACUUUGAGUAUAUCUGUACCUGUAGUACCUGGCUCAGUCCACAAAUCAGUUAAGAUACUCAGAUUAUAGAAUUUCCAGAGCGAUAGCCGUGUUAAUCUCUUGUAGCAGAAACUAUCAAAGAGUCUUGUGGCACCUUAAAAUUUAUUAUGGCAUAAACAUUUGGAUUAUGAAUGUCCCAACCUCUUUUUCUGUUGAAAUGACUCUUGUAUGAGUACAGGGUGGUUUGUUGGUAAGGAAGCCAGUUGCGCUGUGACUAAAAAUAUUAUAUCUGAGCUGAUGCAGUAGUGGACAGAGAGAAUGCAAGACUGGGGAGCGUCAGCAGUAAACACAAUCUUAUACAAGUCAAUAAUAAGGUCAAGGACUCCCUUGCUCUUCUAUAAUGUGACCACAUAAUAUCGUGAGUACAGUGGUACCUCAGUUUUUGAACGUAACCCGUUCCGGAAGACCAUUUGGCUUCCGAAACGUUCGAAAACCGAGGCGCAAAGGGCCGUCUGCAGUUUCCAUUGAGAAAAUUGAAAAACGCGCAUCGGAAGCCGUUCAAAAACAGAGACUCGUUUGAAAAUGGACGUGCUCAAUUACUUCUGGGUUUCGUACGUAUAUCUGUGGUUGGCAGCUAAUUUUUAACUGGCCAUAAUUUGCAUUGAACAAAGGCUGAAGAUCUAACAACACAGGCACUGCUUUCUGACCCAUCCAUCUUGGAUAAAAGAGCUCUUUAACUCCAUCCUUUUUGGAGUGGGUGCAUUGGCAGAGCCCUUCCUUUGUUACAUACUUCUUAAAAGGAGGGCUUUGUCAAAUUCUCUAUUGUUGUUCACACUGGGGAAGAAGGAGUUAAAGCUCUACCUAUGUCUCUGGGUCAAACUACACACGAAGGGCAAUUAGAUGGACAAAUGCUGGUAGGAAAAUAGUUGGAACAGCCUGAUCCACUGCCUUUUCCUAAUUUCAGCCUCCUGUGGUUGGUUUUCAGGCAUAUCUGUCUGUCAUGCACAGUUUAUCUCUCUGCUUGUGUUGAAGAAAGCCGUGGAGGUUGCUUAACAAGACAGUAUCUCUGCUGGGAGCCAGACACAAAGCCCCUGAAGGCUUCAAUGAGCUCCCAGGCUGCCAGCUGCUUUCCUCUAAUGUAGUUAAUUCUUCUUAUAUCUUUUAAAAUUGUUUCAGGUACAGCAGCCUCCAGAAAUCAAACUAGUUUUGCGCCCUCAGGGCUUGACUGGUGACCGUGAAGUCUAUGCCAAAGUUGACUUGUGGGUCCAGUGUCCCCAAACUUACCCUGAUACGUAAGUAAAUAGCAAAUCUAUUCUAUACUUCCCUAAGUAAGAAGAAUAAUACACCUGCCCAGUUUUUGUCAUUUAAUCAGGCAUACUAAAAUAAGAUGUCUGUGUGAGUUGCAUUUCUGUAAAUUUAUUCAAAACGUGUUUCUGAGUGUGUGGAAUAACUGAAGUAGUGCUUCAUACUGCCGACUCCCAAAUCAAAGAGACUGAUACUGAUAUUACAACAUCAAAUGGAAUAGUUUCUCUUUUAUUAGGAUUCACAGUCAAUUCCUUCUAAAAUCCUAUCCUGUGUCCUCUCUGAGUUGUUUCCUGCCAUGCUUGCUGCCGUGCAUAUUUAGAAAUUUAGCAUGCACAGGUUAUAAACAUGAUGGAAUUCAUAUUAGUUUUCUUAGAAGACGUGUCUUCUGGUCAGUUUUUGUAAUUUGACAAGAUUUCUUGUGAGCCAGCUGCUUAUAAAAACAGGGUGAAUAAAAACUAUACACUUUUUGAAGUACUGCUUAUUUGGAUGAUGUGCUGUGAAUGCUAGCAUAUAACUGCCCAAGGAUCUGCAUAUCUCAAGUCUUGUCUCUGGUUACUCUUUCCCCUCCUCUAGGGUUCCAGAAAUUGAGCUUCAAAAUGCAAAGGGGUUGUCAAAUGAAAACAUUAACUUGUUAAAAUCCAGACUAGAGGAAUUGGCAAAAGAACGUUGCGGAGAGGUGAGCGUGUUGAUUUUGUCCUUGAUACUGAGCGACAUUGUCACUAUAGCAAAUUUUGUGUGUGUACCUUUAGUGCUAUUAUGUUUGGUACUGUGUUCUUCUAACCAUUUUGAUGGUACCCACCGUAUUGCAGGGUUUGUGCCUAGCUAGGUGUAGGGGAGGCCAUAUCAAGACUUGGCCUAGCACAAUAAAGCUCAUUUGACAGUGUCAUUUCAGAUGGUCAUGAUUAAUAGAAAGUGACCCUAUUGAAAGUUGACAGAAAUGUCUGUUAGAAGCAAAAGUGAAUGACGUCAUUCCCAGGCACCCCAUGAAUUGAGUUAUUUCAGUUCAUAAAUCACACAAUAGCAUAUUCAUAAUAACUGGUUUAGAGUCGGGGGAUAUAUCUGUAUUGAAUGAGGUUAGGUUAAUCCCAUGACUUAAUUUAAAACAAAUCGAACCCAUUAUGUGGAGUUUGUCUUUAGAUGGUUAGCCAAGAACAGUGGAACUUAAUCUCAGUGUGAAAGUAGACAUGCUUAGUUCUCCACUGUUUGUAAGGUUAAGCUUGAGAAAGUUGAGGGACGUGAAGCAGAGCCUUUUCUGGCCAUGACAAUAAUACUGUUGCACUAUCUUCCCAGAGGACCUGUUUGUACUGCUUGGCAUUUUAACUUUUAUAUUGCUCUCAAUUGGAUGCUUUGUAGGUUGGUGGGGCUUGUUAUAUUAAAGUAUUAUUGUAUUAAAGGUGUUAAUGGAAAAAAAGGAUAUAAAUGUAUAGUAUAAAUUGUUGCAAAAUAUUAACAGUGUUUGGAUAUUGUUGCUAGAAGUACUUCAUAGCUGUAUGAAACAUACAAAUGAUACUAGCUUCCCUCAUAUCAAGACAGGAGAAGAAAACGUUUUUGGGUUUUUUUGCUACUUCACAUAGCAUCUCCAUCCUACUUUUUUACUACGCAAUAUAAAAAUCAAAGGAUUAGCAUAAAUAGGAACAGAUCUGUUUUGCAAGCAACUGCUUUAAUAUUGCUACAGCUAGCAUGUCGGAGGAAGCCUUUCCUGUUAGCAGCCAUCUGGAUUGUAUCUAUUUUGAUAAAUUAGAAAAUCCAAUUUUAUUGCUAGAGGAAAUGAGCAUUGUACCAGCUGAAUGUUACUUUUCAGAACUAAGCAGAAGCCUUGCUAACCGCCCUAGUCCAUCCGAAUGUUUUCAGCCAGUCAGAACUAGAGUCAUAUCCAUAUCAUACAUUUAAAGCACAUGGCUUUCCCCAAAGAAUCCUGGGAACUGUAGUUUGUUAAGGAGGCUGGGAAUUGUAGUUCUGUGAGAGUGACACUAGAGUUACCAUGGUCCUUUGAGUGUGCCUUGAGUGGUGUGGUUGUGACCAAAUGCAAUUUCCUACAGUUACAAAUACAGAUUUGGCCUUGAGAAGGAUAAUGAUAUUUUAAUUGUUACAACAGUUGCAAUUUAGAGUAUAUUAUCGUUUACAGAAAAGAAUGUUGAUAAUCACCUGGUACGUGGAAAAUCUUGAUUAUCUAUUCAGAAUACUUUUAAUUCUAUACUUAGAUGAAGAUGAAUGCAUGUUCAGAUCUUAUUCAUGAGGUAGACUGCAUAAUUUUAAAGAAUUCAAUUACUGUGAUUGGGAAUUAAAUUCUUCUCUUCGCUGAUAUGAUUAGUGUUUAUAAUGUCAUCUUUAAUUGUCACCAUUCUGACAGAAUAUCAUUAAUAAUGUUCCACAUACAUUAUCUAAUGAAUGCAUUACUAGUUUGGAUUUUCAGAACUAAAAUACAUGCAAAAAAAGAUGAGUGGUUGUGCAUUGGCUUUUAUUUUGCUAUGUUUGGCAGAGAUUUACUGGCGCUGGCAUUGAGCUCCACUGAAGUCACUGGUACUUGCUCACACAUAAUUGCAAAUAGGAUUAGAACAGGCUGCGAACAGUUUUCUAAAAUCAGAUUUUGCAUUUGCCUUUCCUCUCCAGGUGAUGAUAUUUGAAUUAGCAGAUUACGUACAAUCAUUUCUCAGUGAAUACAAUAAGCCACCUUUAAAAUCUUUCCAUGAAGAAAUGCUAAAGAAUCAGCAAAAAGAACAAGAAAGGCUCGCUCUGGAAGAAGAGCGGCGAAUCCAAGACCUUAGGAGGAAAGAAGAGCAGAUGGUGAGAGCAUGAAAUUUAAGAUUUCUGUCCUGCCCCACCCAUUUCAUAUGAGCAUUCAAUCAGCUGGAAUCGCCGGUUGUGAACUAUUAAAAUCGGUUUUGUAUCUGAAAACAGUGGGAUGAAGAUUGCACAUCUCGUUUAGUGAGUCCCUUUUUUAAAAAAAAUAUGCUUUUGUUGUGUUUCCAGAACAGCAACCCCCUUAAUUCAUGCUGUUUUUGAAUCCACCAAGAUUUGAAAAUGGGAGAGAUAGAUGGUAGUGGGCCCUGUUUGUUUUCAAAAUAAGUCAUGGCCUAUUGUGCCUGCAGAUCAAGCCUAUGUGGUCAUCCGCAUUCCUCUUUGCUGAUGUAAGGAAGUUAAACUUUAGGUGACCUUUUGAACUUCAUCAAAGAUUUUGACCCAGUACUAUUAUUUGCAGUAUAUCUGUAGUAGCCUGUCUUUAACACGUAGACUUGAAACUAAGUUUAGUUAAGAAGCUCUGUUUUGGGGACAAGUUUUUCCUUGCAUUCUCUCUUGGCAGAGCCAUAUUUAUACUGUUUAAGGGUGUCUGCUUCAGCAGAUAAGUUUUCUCAAUAAACUCUUACUGAAGCAAGAUUACAGAAAAUUUCAUUGCAGUAAUGUUUAUUUCAGCAACGUGAAAUUCUUGAUGAGAUUCAGAGAAGGGAAGAAGAAAAGAGAGAAGAAAGAAAAAGGAAAGAAAUAGCGAAACAGGUAUUUUCAACAUUUUCCUUUUGUAAUGCCAAGUUACUAGAAGUGGUUGUAUCAUGCUUUUGUAACUAUUGGACAAAUUGCUUUGAAACUUCUAUGUCUACAAUCUCAUUUUGGAGCCUGCAAACACAGAAAUAAAGAUUUCUCCAUACCAGAAGCAGGUGGACAGUGAGAUUUCAAAGUUAUGAAGACAUAAUUAUUCCCUAUCCCCAUGUGACAGAGGCAUAGCGUGUAUCAGGGUUGAGGCAGAGAAGCAAUACUGUUUGUAGUCCCUAUUGGGUUGCCAUCUAUGGCUUAAUAUAUACUAUUUAGUCAAGUAGAUUUUGUGCGGUGUGGAUUCUGUAUCCAUCUAUCCAUUGCUUAAAGUCCCCAAAUGCUUCUAGCAUGGGUUGCUUUCACCCUUGGAUGUUACACAAUAGUGUUACUUCUGUUAUUCCCUCUGGUGUUGCUGACGUUGUUGUUUAUUUAUCACCUUCCACGUAUGUCCCAAGGCGGUGUACAAAAUAUAUAGGCAUCCCCCUUCUUGUGCAUUCAAAGAAUGCACGACCGUGCAUGCGCACAUCACUGUGAACCUGGAAGUGCACAUUAUUGAUAAUAUUGCAGAAGAAACAAUACUGAAUCUUUAAGGAGAUGCUGACCAGAAAACCCAAAUUGGAGGAUCACAGGGGCUUUGCAUGUUUAAGUAUUUAAAGGAUUGGGGUGCAAUCAAGAUAUCCCCUGUGUUUCUGUGUUUCCAGGAGCGUUUGGAAAGUGCUGCUUUGACAAACCAGGAAAUUUCUGUCAGUCGAGAUAUCACAGGGAACAAAGUAACGUCCAGUUUAAAUGGAGGUGUUACAGAACAUGGAGGGAACAAUAAAUACCGUGCAAAUUCCACAGGGCGUUCCAAGUAUGUAUAGCUGUCCUUCUGAAUGGAAUGGGAGUGUUUCCGUGAAAAUGUGUGCACUUGCACCCCAUUACACAAUGUACAAGCACACACACAAGUUAUCAGCCUCUAGUUGUGCAGAUUGAUUUGUAGGCAGGCAUACUGUACUUAUGCAUAGUACUAACAAUCUUACAACUUUACUUGGGUGUGUAAAGUCAUUAUUUGCUUUACAAAUAGAGCAAGUGCAUUUGAACUUUUAUUGGGUAUGUUUCUGUGGAGUACUAGGGGCCAUGUCCCUGCUUGCUUUCCACCUUGUCAAACCCUCCCCAUUCCCAACUCACUAACCCCAUUCCCAAUCCACCUCAUGCCGCUGCUGCAGCCAAGUGGGAUGAAUAGUUGGUUUGGCAGGAGGAUUAGCAUGGGGAAGAGGCCCAGAGAGGUGCCCAGCCUGGAGAUCAUCUGCUGCUGCCAUAUCCAGGCUGACUGUUAAUUCUAAUAGGCAGUGGUGGAUUACUAGUCUAGCUGGUUGCCACGACUGGGCACCUUCCUCAUUUCUGUGCCAUUCCUCCUGCCACUUUUCAUGGUACGUUGUGGUGGCCUAUCAAACCAGUUGGCCACUGCUUCUGGGCAUCUUCCUGCCAUGUCUCUCAUCACACUGUAGUCCACAGUGUCAUCUGUUGACCAUGCAAACUGCUGUAUGGUGACAGAUGAAUACAAAUGGACACACAGCACAUCAAGCACAUCAAUUACCAUGCUGUAAUUUUUAAAAUAAGGUUUUCCAUUUAAGAUGGAGAUCUUAGGAGUGCAGGUUUAUCAAAGAGGUUUGCGGGAUUCGUGCCCUGCCUGGCGGAAUUUAAAUUGGAGUUGCAGUGACUGGCACUCUAACCAUAGGCCUUUGCUAUGUGUUGCUGUGGCUUUUCUGAACAUUUACCGUAUUUUUUGCACCAUAACACUCACUUUUUUCCUCCUAGAAAGUAAGGGGAAAUGUCUGUGCGUGUUAUGGAGGGAAUGCCCACGGGUGGCGGGAGGGAUCUGCUGCAGUCGUGAGCAGAGGAUCCAUGGUUCCCCUUCCUUCCCUCCUCCGUGGCUCGCUUUGAAACAGCAAAGCGGGAGAAGAGCCGCUGAGUGAGGAGGAGAGAGGGACAGAGAGCCUGCUUCUUUAAAGGAGCAAAGCUCCUUCUUUAAAGGAGUAAGCGGCUCCUGUCCGGUUGGUUCCUUUAAAGCAAGCAGGCUCUCUGUCCCUCUCUCCCCCCCACUCAGCUCGCUACAUAGCAGCAAAGUUUUUCAGCUCGCUAAGCCGGGGAUGAGCGGGGAGGAGGGAGAAAAGCAGAGCCUGCUUGCUUUAAAGGAGCAAAGUGGGAGAGGAGAGGAGCCUUCUCCCCUUAUACCCCUCUUCUUCAUUAUUAGUAGCAUCCUUCUCCACACACCCACGGGUGCUCCUUGUCCCUUGAGUGCUUUUCCUUCCCUCCCCACUUAAAACGUGGUUACAAAUUAUGGAUCCACAUGAAUCCUCAGGAUUUUUGCACUGGGUCACCCCAAAUUCACCAUCAGAUCACAUAGCAUGUCCAUGGCUACAUCUUGCACCCCAAAAAUCACGCACCCACUGUUGCCUGGGGCCGCAGUGGUGCAAAAACGUGGUUACAAAGCAUGGCUCCACAUGGAUCCUCAGGAUUUUUGCAUUGGGCUACUCCAAACUCACUGUCAGAUCACAUGUCUGUGGCCACAGGACGAACCACAAAAAUCAUACAUCCACUGUUUCGUUUAGAAUAUUUUUUUUUCUUGUUUUCCUCCUCUAAAAACUACGUGCAUGUUAUGGUCGGGUGCGUGUUAUAGAGUGAAAAAUACGGUAAAUAGCAACAGUUGAAAAUGCAUGAACUUGCUGUUAAGACUGUUCACUUGUAGUAGUACUUGGGACCGCUGAAUUAAAUAUCUUUUCUUGAGCAUAUAUGAGCACCUCAAAACAUAAUUGUGUUUGGUUGUUUUGUAGGAGAGAGCGUCAGCAUUCGGCAUGCAGUAAUGAAGAAUCUCCGGGAACUCCUGAAAUUCUGAAUUUCAAUGCCAGUAGUAUUGGUCUACUCAGGGUACACAAAGGAAAGUGCAUAGGUAAAUGGAAGAACUGCCAUGCAUUGAGAACCUUUGGUGCAUUUUUUCUAUAUAGAAAUGAGGGAGCAAUGAAAGCUGUAUUUGGUUCGUUCCCUGGCAGUACGGAGUCAAAGCUGUUCAACUAUGUGAAACAGCCUGUUAAUAUUAGAGUUAAAUGGUUUUAGUUGUUUUUUUGAAAAAAACCAGCUAAAACUUUAAUUGUGAUUUAAUUAAUAAGGACACACAUUUGCUUUACUUUUGAAGUAAUUUUGACUCUAGUGAGUUGCUAUGAUAAGCAAUGAAACAAAUACAGUCAAACCUUGGUUGUUGAACGUAACCCAUUCCAGAAGCCCAUUUGGCUUUCGAAAUGUUCGGCAACAGAGGCGUGGCUUCUGAUUGGUUGCAGGAGCUUCCUGCACUCAAGCAGAAGCCUCUUUGGACGUUCGGCUUCCGAAAAGUGUUUGAAAACUGAAGCAUUUACUUCCAGGUUUUCGGUGUUCGGGAGCCUAGGUUUGACUGUACUAAGGUACAAUUUAAGAAACUUCCACUUACAUUAAAGAUCACUUCUCUAGCACACUUGCUCACAUGGGGAAUAAAUGUGCCCAGGAUCCAAGGAAAGGAAUGAAUGUAGGAGCAAGCUAUAUAUGUAGCCAGUGCUUUGCACUUUUUUUUUUUUUUUUGCUUUUCCUUUUCUUUUCUUUUUUCUUUUCUUUUCUCCUUUUUGUAAGGUUUAAAAUUAAUAAAUAUUAUUUUCAAAUUAUACCAGUUUGGUAGAAUUGUUAAAAGCCAUACAAAUGUUGAACAAACCUCCUUUUGUGUGGCUUUUAACUGUUUGAAGGAAUGUUGAAAGGAUGUCUUGGCCAACAUAGAGGUUUACAGGAGUAGCUCAUUAUAAUGAUCUUUGUUAAUCUGUAAGCAUCUGCUUCAAAAGCUGAAGCAUCCACACACAAGCCUUUCGUAUUUCUCUGUGCAGACAAGGAUGAGCAGCUUGGUAAAUCAGUCUACAAUGGUUUGGAGUUGUACACUGGCAACUUCGUCCUGGUCCACGAGUGGGUACUUCAGUGGCAAAAGAAAAUGGGGAAAUUUCUCACAAGUCAAGAACAGGAAAAGGUUGAAAAAUGCAAAAAGCAGGUAAUCGCCCAUUUUUGUGUGUUGUUCUGCCUUGUGCUCAUGUGGGCACUUCUUAAGACUGAAAUAGUAGUGGAUCAUUGAGAAGCUGAAACGACCUCAUUGUAAAUGAUGUUACAUUGUUCGGCUUUUUGAGCACUUAUGUAGAAGCCUGCAUCAAUUGUUUUUGGAAAGAAUCAUAAUAAAACAUGAGAGGAAUGUCUAGGGAGUCAAGAGAGUUUUUUGCUAAGGGCUUUUAAAACCUGGAGGGAUGUAGGUGUAUAUUUUGGCUUUUUGUAUUGCAAAUCUCCUUCAUGAUUCAAACUAAAAAGCACACACAAAGACUUUUGGGGACAUUUUACUACUACAAGCCAAAUUUCAACAUAUCUCUGGGCAGUAAAAUGACCCCCAAACAAAUCCAUGUGUGUGUGGUGCCUGCAGAAGGGCAUGUAAAUCUACUUCCUGGGAUCAGUUUUUGUUUGUAAAACUCCACAAGGCUGCUGCUGCUGCUGCUUCUUCUUCUUCUUAUUAUUAUUAAUCUGAAUACUUGCCAUUGGGUAGAACAAAAAAGCACCCCAAUGGCCAAAAUCGAUAAACUUCUUUGGAUUUAUUUUUUGUCCCAGGUUGUGGUUGUGGAUUCAGAAAAAAGACCUUUGUAUAUGGGUACUUAAAACUGCUGCUCUGGGCCAGUUUUUACUGUAAAACUAUUUUCCCUAGCCUGCUAAAAUGGCUCAGACAAAAAUAAAAAUACCCCAAAUGCAAAAUCAGUUGGGAUUUUUAACUUUUAUUUUUGCCCCAUGUGCUUUUUGUGUACAAGCAGAAAACCAUAAGUGGUAAGUGGCUGGAAUUUGGGGUGUGGCUUAUUCCUAUGCAGAUAUCGGUGCCCUAGAUGGACUUCACUGUAGACUACUUCUGUGAAAAUUCUGCAGUGAAAAGUGCAUCUGGGACAGGAUUUUGUCCGCCAUUGGGCAUCAGGGUAAAUGAAAGGUGAUACCAAUGUGAGUCACUGGAUUUGUUUCUUUUGAACAGAUACAGGGAGCAGAAUCGGAGUUCAGUUCUCUGAUGAAGUUAAACCACCCCAACAUAGUCCGUUACCUAUCGAUGACCUUUAAAGAGCACAGUGACUCAAUCGUGGUGGAUAUUUUGGUGGAACACAUUGGUGGAGCCAGCCUUUCUAUGUACUUGGACAAAGAGAUCCCCCUUCCUAUAGAUCAGCUGCGUCAUUACACAAACCAAGUUUUGUCUGCUCUUGACUACCUACACAGCAACUCAGUGGUGCACAAGGUUCUGAGCGCGUCCAGCAUUCUGGUGGAUAGUGAAGGAAAUAUCAAACUGACAGACUACAGUAUUUCCAAACGCUUGGCAGAUAUCUGCAAGGAGGAUGUUUUUGAACAACCCAAAGUUCGGUUUAGUGAGGAUGCCUUGCCGAACAAGCCAGGGAAGAAAGGAGAUGUUUGGCGGUUAGGGUUGAUGCUGCUUUCCCUCAGCCAGGGACAAAUUACUACGGAAUAUCCAGUCACAAUUCCAAAUGAUUUGCCUGCUGACUUUCAAGACUUUCUGAAAAAGUAUGCGCCUAUCUAAUUAUUAUUUUUUACGCUUUGCCAUCAAAUAAAAGCAUAUACAGGAGCAGGGACCGAGCAACGGGAGCUCACCCCGUCACGGGGAUUCAAACUGCUGACCUUCUGAUCGGCAAGUCCUAAACCACAGAGCCUAGGACUUGCCGAUCAGAAGGUCGGCGGUUCGAAUCCCUGCGACGGGGUGAGCUCCCGUUGCUCAGUCCCUGCUCCUGCCAACCUAGCAGUUUGAAAGCAGUUUCAAAGUGCAAGUAGAUAAAUAGGUACCGCUCCGGCGGGAAGGUAAAUGGUGUUUCCGUACUAAGUGGCUUAGUCAUGCUGGCCACAUGACCCCGAAGCUGUACGCCGGCUCCCUCGGCCAACAAAGCGAGAUGAGCGCCGCAACCCCAGAGUCAGCCACGACUGGACCUAAUGGUCAGGGGUCCCUUUGCCUUUGCCUUUACAUUUAACAAGAAUGCUUAUAAUUCAGCAUAAAUUGGGCUGAGGAUUCAUGGUACAGUCAUGCCUUAGAAGUCAAACAGCUUAGUUCCUGAACGUUUUGGCUCCCGAACGCCACAAACCUGGAAGUGACUGUUCCUGUUUGCGAACUAUUUUUGGAAGCUGAACGUCCAACGGGGCUUCCAGGGCUUCCAAUUGGCUGCAGGAGCUUCCUGCAGCCAAUCAGAAGCCACAUUUUGGUUUUGGCAGUCGAAUGGACUUCUGGAACGGAUUCCAUUCGACUUCCAAGGUACUACUGUAUUUUAAAGAUAGAAUCAUAGAAUUGUGGAGUUGGAAGGACCCCGAAUCACAGAUGUACUCAAAGAUUACAAAGCAAAAGAACGAUUUCAGGAUCUGGGUUGGCAGUAGGGAACUCUAGUUAGGCCUGCCAGGCCCUCAUUUGGCCCAUGAAAUCAUUCUCGCCAAGCCAUGCCCACAUGCCUUGCACCGGACAUUGUUUAUGGCAUCAGGUGCAGGACCACUAAAGAUGCAUCUUCAGGGCCAUGUGCGCAGCGCUUCUUCAGCACUGGUGGUCAGCUGAUUGUUGGCCCUUGCAUGCCCAGUGCUCUGCAAAAAAGGGUCACCAAUGAUCUGACUUGGCAUUGAGCAGCUUCCCGUGUUCCUAAAACCAUCGUUAAACAUACAUUAUUUUGAAUUCUAUUCAGGUGUGUUUGUUUGGAAGAUAAAGAAAGGUGGAGUCCCCAGCAGCUAUUGCAACACAGUUUUAUAAACCCACCACAGGUAGUCGUGAUGGAAGAAAGCCCAGAAGGUAAAUAGUCAAUCAUAUAAGAUUUUUAUUAUUAUUAUUAUUCCUUGAUGGCAACUUUAAAAUGUUCCCAGAGGCAGAAAGUAAAGCCCUAGAAGUAAAUAACUCAUUAAACAAAACAUAUUGCAUACAUAGAUAAGAAUAAAAGCAAAAUUGUUGAAGUAUAUCAAUCAACCUCCAACUAUAACCUGCUGUUCCACAUUGGCAUCUAAGGAAGGAAGAAUCCAUGAAAGCUCAUGCUAUUUCAAUGCAGUCAUAGACAGCCUUAAACUUAAAUAAGACGUUUUCUUUAAAAGACACAAUAGGCAAGCAUUUGAGCGCUGGAAGUAGCCAAAGUAUAACACUGAAACAGAUUUCAGUCAUUUUAUGGAAUUUGGCUCCUGACUACAUUAUUUUCUUGAAUGGGUUGUUAUCCCACAGGGCCUCCCCAUCCAUGAGGCAGGCUGAGGCAGCUGCUUCAGACAGUGGAAUCGAAGGGGCGCUGCCUCCAUGGGUGCCUGCCACCAGAGAACCAAGGAGAAGUGGUGACGGCUUCUGGGUUCUGACAAGAUCUUGUGGACCUCUCACAAGAUCUUGCCAGAACCCAGAAGCUGCAGGUGCGCAGCUCCACUAAGUGAGGCUUCAGCGGAGCGGAUGGCACCUUCCUGUUUUGCCUCAGGUGAUGAAACAGAAUAGGCUGCUCCUGCUACCACUAGUGCUUUAUCUUUUUGCCUGAGGGGAUAAUUUAUUUCUUUCCUUCCUUCUAUAAUCAGCUUGAAAAUAUUGCCAGUCCAUCGUCUUUCUGGGUAACUAAAGAAGGAUACCUUGUUUUGAGCCUUGACUGUGGGAGUGGCUUAGCCAGGUAGUGUUAUCUAUUGUUGGAGCUUCAACGCUUUUCUGUUAGAUCGACAGGUUUAGUAGUGGUGGUUGGCCCCUGUCUGUCAACUGAGUUAAAUUUAAACUGUAAACACAGCUGAGAUAGCUAUAAAAUAUAAAUCUCCACAUGGUCCUUAGCAUUUCCUUUCAUGAAUUGGCUUCAACUUGCCUCUUAUAUUGAUUGAAGUGGUUUGAAACAUCUGCCAAUAUGACUUGGCAAUGACUGCUGCAGCAAACACAGCACAUGGAGAAGAAUAGACCUGCAUCUCAACAGAGGUUCUUAAUGCAUCACAUUAGGCAUCAUGCACACUCUUGAUUGUCAUCAUUUAACAUGAAAUUGCUGAUUUGUUCUUUCCUUCUCAGUGACUUUUUUGUGUGUUUUUUUUGUUUCAGAUUCAGCAGGAAUAGAUGAUAUUGAAACCGUUAUCCCCUGCAGUCAGUAUGCAAGCGAUGUCUUUGUCACAGAAACACAGAAGCAAUUUUCUCGUUAUUACAAUGAGUUUGAAGAGUUACAGUUGCUUGGUAAAGGGGCCUUUGGAGCUGUCAUCAAGGUACAUACAGUACGCUGCGUCAGACAAAUUUUGUUCCAUGGAGCGUGCAAUUGGCUGAUAAGGGGAUGAGGAGUUUCCCGGAAGGAGCUUCUUUUAUGAUUUUGAUUGAAACAUCUGUCAUGUAAUUUCCAUUGGGCAGGUGCAGAACAAACUGGAUGGCUGCUGUUACGCGGUAAAGCGAAUUCACAUCAAUCCCACAAGCAAGCAGUUUCGAAGAAUUAAAGGGGAAGUGACCUUGUUAUCGCGCCUGAACCAUGAGAACAUUGUGCGCUAUUACAACGCGUGGAUAGAGAAGCAUGAGAGGCCUUUGCUCAGUACUCUGACAUCGGAAACCACGGAAGGGAAGAAAAUGGCUGACAAACUGGCUCAGAAUGGAAAGAGUGAAGCAGAGUCCAUGGAUGACAUAGAAGCAAACGCCCCUCCUCCUGUUCUGACCAGUUCAGUGGAGUGGAGCACCUCAUGUGAGAGAUCAUCAAGUGCCAGGUUCAGUGGAGGGGAUCAGGAAUCCAGUGAUGAUGACGAGGAUGAAGAUGGAGGUGUAUUUGCACAGUCAUUCUUGUGAGUAGGGGUGUAGGUUUCUUUUGUUUUUCCUAUAAGGCAUUUACUGUCGGUAGAUUGGGUCCUGAGCUGCCCUGCCAGAGAUGGAAGGGCUCCUUCUGUUUUGAUUGAUUCCAUUUCUAUGCCGCUUUUUGUUCAAAUAAAUCCCAAAGUGGCUUACAAACAAAAGAUUAAAAUAACGUAAUGGAACAUCACGAAUACAUCAUAAAUCGUAUAGAAUACUUAACAAAUCAUCAGCAAAACAAUCCCAAAUAAAACAAUUAGCAUCUAUGUAACACUAUUAACAAAACAACUAAAAAAUAAGCUAAACAUCACAGCUGCACCCAAAAUCAUAUUAUAGGAUUCACAAAGUACAACAGCAUUCCUAUCUAUAAAACAACAUUAGCAAUAUUAACAAAAUAGGGUGAAGGGACAGCAAUCCAGUGGAAACUCAGUGGUCCUCCCUCUAGUUAAGGACCAGGGAGACUUUUGCUGAUUUCCCCUCAACCCUCUUGAACAGAUUUACAGGGGUGUGUAGUGGGAAGAAGGAAUCAGUAAAGAUUACUUCAUGUCUCCAUCUCCCACUAGUAGGAGCAUCCAGUGAGCAGAGUUCCAGGAACUCACAGGAAUGCUAGAUCCAAGCUAAUGUAUCUGACUUCAUAGGGUUUGGAUACUGACUUGAUUUUCUUUCGUUCUAUUAGCAUAUCAGUCUAUGAAAUGCAUUGGAAACCUCCUUAAAGUUAAUCUGCACAUGCAUUUACACAUCACAGUACCUAAUCGCUCAGUAGCUUAUCUCUUAAAUGCUGUGCAUCGGAAUUCUGAACUGCCUCUCUUAUAAAAGGUUGUGUUUUGAGGUGAUGUGAAAGUCCUGUCUGUAAUUUUUAAUCUCUCGAUGGGUAUUUCUGCACAUGCAGUUUUUCAUUUGAAGACAUUUGAAUGAUGGACAUUCCCAUGUUAACUGGUUUUGAAGGGGUUGGAAUUAAGUGGGAUUCCUCUUAAUGCUGGAAGGGCACUCUUCCUGUGUCUGCUUGCCAAAGGCUCCCUCAGGAUACAUUUGAUAAACUUCUGAAGAAAUUCAGGUAUCCAUAGAACAUUGCUUGAAAAGGACUGCUUUUCAAGGAUUUUGAUGUUCUCCUUUUUCAUCUGUUGAUUUAGGCCAGCAGCGGAUUCUGAAAGUGAUAUCAUUUUUGAUCAUGAAGAUGACAACAGCAAAAAUCCUAUGGUGGUAAAUACUGUAACUAAAAGUAUCUUUCUGUGUCCUCUUACGAACAAUUCUGAUCUCUAAUGUUAUUCAUCAGUUGCAGCCGUUCUGAUACCAUGAACUAAUACAGCAUCCAGUAAUUUGAUAUUUAUCACUUUGCAUUAAAACCUGCAUGCUGUACAAAAUAAGCCAGGUUUAAAUAGAGGCAGUCGAUAAAGCUGUUGGGAUUUUGUUAAGUGAAUCCCGCCCUUAAAAAACCCAAGAUCAAUAUAACUAUCUGCAUAACUGACACAGGCGGCACAAAAUCAGUCCAACACGGCACUAAAACAUCCUAAAAAUACUUACCCAAGGACUUAAGAUACUGAAACAUGAUUUUUUAAAAAAACUUUAAAUGUUUUCUUAUAAUGCCCAAAAUGCAUUAAUAUACCGUACUUUUCUGUGUAUAAGACUAGGGUGUGGUUUUUUUACUAAAAAUAAUGUUAAAAGGGGGAGGAUAGUCUUAUACACAGGGGCAAUGUCCCCCCAUUUUCUAAAUUUUGAGUCCUCAAAAAUAGGGGGUGUCUUAUACACGGGGGUGUCUUAUACACGGAAAAAUACGGUAGGUUCCAGGCAAGCCUCACUGGGGAGGGCAUUCCAUAACCAGUGUGUCACCACUAGUCACUCCCUAGUACCACCUAUCCACCUUUUUAUGUUUGGAAGACCUAAAGAAGGACUUCUGAUGAAGAUCUUAAAGUCUGAGCCAAUAUAUCCUGGAAGAGGGGAUCCUUCAGGCAACCUGGCCCCAAGACUGUUAAGACUUUAAAGUUUAUUACUACCUCUUUGAAUUGAAAUGGACUGGAAGCCCAUGCACAUGAUGAACAUUGACAUGAUAUGCUGAUAUCUACUAGUCACCAUUAAUAAUCUCUCUGCCCGAUUUUGGCUGAGCUGAAGUUCCCAGAAUUUUAAAAAAAAUGUUCUAAUAAAGUCAAUGCUUUAGGGACAAAAACUGGCCAGCUUUUUGACCAGAUUUGACAAUUCAAGUUUCACAUCCCUAAGUGUUCCUUAGGAUACUGCCUAUAGAACUGUCUCAAAACACCCUUGCUUUGCAUCCCUAUGCUGUUGGGGCUCUACACAAGAGCAUUACUGACACUACUUCUUCUGGAGCGAAGUCAAAUUCUUGUUCUGCUGUGAGAGCAGCAGCUGUGCCUUUGAAUUCUGGAAUGUAGAGCUUUCCAAAGGGCUGGUAUAGAAAACAUCUUCCACCUGCCGUAAAAAUAUUGAUUAGAACUCCAGUUAGAUUUCUGGCUGUAGAAAGAACAAAGAAAAAAGAAUUAAGCAUUCUGCCUGGAUCCUUGAUUGACAGCUCACGUUACUGGCAAUGUAUCUUGGAUAGUCUGGGCAGGUGGACUCAACCUCCUCCCACAUUGGCCUGCCAGCAAGUCCAGCCAAAUCUAUUGUCACUACCUAAUAUUGAGUCCAGCAUUUUUGCACCAUAGUUUUUAUUGGUGCUUAAACUUAAGGGUGUUUCCUUAGUAUUGUGUUUUACAUGGCAGCAUGCUCCAGUUAUGAAGGUAAAACAUUUGACAGGCUAAUGGUCCAGAUCUCAGGAUGAUAGGUUUGCAUGGUUGAGGGUAGAUUUGUACAUACUGUUAAUAUUGUGAAUCCAGUGCCCCCGCCCCAGUCUUAUGUUAAGUGAUCCUACAAGCAGGCAAAGGCAUACAGGCUCAUGCAAGUAAAAUGCAGUGAUGUGGUGGGGGCUCAUGCCAAUGCUUGACGUCAAGAAAAAUAAAAUUCAGUCCAAGUAAAAACGGAAACAGAGCGCAAUUUGAUUUGGCACAUAAAAACCACUGUGGUUUUUAAAAGUACGAGCACUCACCUGGUUUGUGAAUAUCGCUAGAUAUAUGGAGAAUAUCUGUUUGCUUGCAUUCUACUCUUGUGUUUAUCUGACACAGGACGAAGGCUACAAAGGAAAAAAUAGUCACAGUGAAGAGGAUGAAACGUCAGCGAUUCAGACUGUUCACCAUCUGUACAUUCAGGUUAGAAACUCUUAGACUGUGUUGUAGAAGACUGCAUUUUAAUUGAGCCUAAGGCAGCAUUUGUACAUCACAGGUAGAUCAUAGUUAAUGGUUUACUAUGAAUGUGCAAAUGAUUCCCAUGCCCCACUUCCCCUAGUUAUCUUAUUUCCGUGGUGAGGAGGAAUGAAUUCAUAGGGGUUGGCUUUCUUUGUUUUUUAAUCUCUGUAUCCAGCAUUUAUUUGGUGGUGGUGAUUUUUGAAUGACUCUGAAAACAAAACUGUUUGGCUUAGAUUUCUAUUUCACCCUAUCACAAAAGCUCAUUGCAUUUAGGCUUCAAGGACAGUACAUAUGAAGUGUAGCCAGUUAGUAAUGUUUAUUAAAAUCACACAUGUUCAUCCAAAGGGUAGGCUACAAACUUGAACAGUAAAUGUUUAAAUAUGUUAAUACCAUCACAGUGAUAAAGUAAGAAUUGUGUUCAGUGCUAAGCAUAACCAUGAAGUGAAUGUGGCUUCCCGUUUUUCAACUGUUUCUUCAUCUUAUAUCUGAAGAUGGAAUACUGUGAAAAGAGCACUUUGCGGGAUACCAUUGACCAAGGCCUAUAUGAAGAUACCAAUCGCCUCUGGAGAUUUUUCCGGGAAAUUCUGGAUGGAUUAGCUUAUAUCCAUGAAAAGGUGAGCUACAUUCAUGCCAAACUCAAUCGAUUUAAAUAAUUGGGCUUGUAUUUGUUUUGUUUAUGCUGUAUUAUUUCACUGUUGUUAGCUGCUCUGAGCCCGGCUUCGGCUGGGGAGGGUGGGAUAUAAAUAAAUUAUUAUUAUUAUUAUUAUUAUUAUUAUUAUUAAUCCACUUUUACUCUGUCCAUGCUCCAAAGUGCUCAGAGCUGCAUAGAUUAUUAUCUUCCACAAUAAACUGUAGAGAUGAGAGAGAGAAGGAAUUUCACAACCUUUGCCAACCUGAUACCUUCCAUAUGUUGUUAGACUAUAGCUCCCAUUAUCCCUCACCAGGCUGUCAGGGGCUGCCCGGAGUUGUAGUCCUAGUCUGACUUUCUACCCACUGGUCCACACUGGUUCUUCUACAAUACGAACAAUAUCCUAUUUCAGGCAUGUCCAACAGGUAGAUCGUGAUCUACUGGUAGAUUGCAGGGUGUUCCUGGUAGAUCCUGGCUGAUCUCUGGCUGCUCAGUGAUCUCCUUACAAAAAAGCAAAAACUACAACCCCAACUUUGGCUUACUAAAAAACAACUGAACAACUUUGGGAAGAUCACUGCCAGUCUUUUUACGACAAUGAGUAGAUCACUGCCAGUUUUUUAAUACUGUGAAUAGAUCACAGUCUGUUGGGAGUUGGACGUCCCUGUCCUAUUUGAUUUGCACAUAUUUUUCAUUAGUUGCAAGAGACUUGGUUGAUUGUUAGGAGUUUUCUAAGUAAUGAGUGUUUUAAUUAGAGCAAAGGGUAUCUUUUCAAAAAGAGAUGCUUUCAGCAAGGAAAGCCCCUUGUAAGUAUAUAUGUUUAGCAUUGCCUUCUUAGGAGCAAUAGCAAAUUCUUAGAGAAACUUAAAAAAACCUCCUCCAUGAAGUAGGAACGCGUAGAAUAUUUAAAGAUUGGAUCUGAAUUUAAGUUAGUUGCACUUAGUUCCCCUUGAAAUCAGUGGAACCUAAACUUACAUUGCAAUCCUAUACCAGUACAGUGGUACCUUGGUUAAGAACUUAAUUUGUUCCUGAAGUCCGUUCUUAAACCAAGUCCGUUCUUAAACCGAGGCACGCUUUCCCUAAUGAGACCUCCCACUGCUGGUGCCCUUCCACCGUUUGGCUUCCUUUCGUAGACUGAGGUAAAGUUCGCUAACCAGAACACUACUUCCGGUUUUGCGGAGUUCAUAAACUGAAUAGUUCGUUAACAGGGCUGUUCGUAAACCGAGGUACCACUGUUCUUGGGAAGUAAAUCAUGACUAACUUUCCUAUUGAUUUGAGUUGAUGCAGCUAACUUAAGCAAUGGUCCUAUACACACCUACCUGAAAGUAACCCCCACUGAGCAUAGUGGGAGUUAUUUCUGAAUAAACAUGCAUAAAAUUGCGUCGUUCACUGAGAAGCUCCACUUGGCUUCAGUGGGACAUAGCUUUCUCUAAUUUCCCAACAAAUUGCAAUUUCGGCCACUGUUGGGGAUACAGAGGGAAGUCCCCUCUGCAAAUUUUAAUCAGCAGGAAGACGUAUAUAGAAAUAUACAGUUUCUUAGGUAUCUUGGGCCUAUACCAUAUAUAUUGAUAUGUGAUCCAUAUAUAUUCCAAUUCUCUCAUAUCAAACUCUGUUUUAUUUUAUUAAAAGGGAAUGAUUCACCGAGAUCUGAAACCUGUCAACAUUUUUUUAGAUUCCGAAGACCAUGUGAAAAUUGGUGAUUUUGGUUUGGCAACAGAUCACCCAGCAUAUGUAGUAGGUGCUUUUUUAAAAGUUGAACUAUAAAAAUGUAUAAUGUAAGCCAUCUUGAAAAAUAAUUAUUGCUACAUAAAAGAGGUUGCAUAUUAGUUUUUGUUUGUAUGCACAGUGUGGAAGAGCCGCUUUUUGAUAGAAGAUAAUUGUGGUUUUUCACUGCACUGUCUCUUUGUACUUUGUCACUUCAGUAGUAUGUAUUACAUUUUAAUCCUACUGUUCUUUUAAGGCACUCAGAGCUCUGUACAUUGUACCUUCACAUUAUCAAUUCUUUUGAGUUAGUGCUAUCCUGUACAUACUGGCCCUGUGAGUUUCAUAACUGAGAAGAGAUUUGAAUCUAGUACUUGUGUCUGUUGCAUAGAUUUUGGAAUAUCUACAGUUUUGAGCCCUCCAACAAUCUGGGGAGGAAUACAAUUCAGGUUUUCUGGGGUUUCUUUUUCAGGCAGACACAAGACAAGGAGAAGGAGAGGAUGGUUUGGCGAAAAGUGAUCCUUCUGGUAAGUACAGUGGUACCUCAGGUUACAUACGCUUCAGGUUACAGACUCCGCUAACCCAGAAAUAGUACCUCGGGUUAAGAACUUUGCUUCAGGAUGAGAACAGAAAUCGUGCUCCGGCGGCGCGGCAGCAGCAGGAGGCCCCAUUAGCUAAAGUGGUGCUUCAGGUUAAGAACAGUUUCAGAUUAAGAACGGACCUCCAGAACGAAUUAAGUACUUAACCCGAGGUACCACUGUAUAAGCAAAUUAUUUAUACAAAACAUUAAUUGCUUGUAAUCUACUGUAAGAGAGAUGGUAAUUACAGGAUUGCUAAAAAGUUGGACUAAUACCACUAUUUGGACAAAUACUUUAAAACAACAACCAACUUCUCCAUUUAAAGGAAAUACUAUGAAAUGCCUAGAUUUUCCUUGACUUUGACAGUGUUUCUGCGGCGCAGUUGAUAACUAAGUGUUGUCCUUAAUAGGUAACUUAACAGGAAUGGUUGGCACCGCUCUUUAUGUGAGCCCAGAGGUCCAAGGAAAUACUAAAUCUACUUACAAUCAGGUAAAAGUCCCUUUGGAAACUGUGUUAGGUAUGAGGGCUUUUUUGAUCCCGGUCUCGUGAGUUGAAUGUAGAGAUCUUUCUGUGCAUAGGGUGCCUGUCAGCUGCUAGUUUUCCAUGCUGAAAUUCCUGUGCUCCCUCCAAAAGCACUGCUGAAGUUCCUUUGCCCAUUAUGACAAGGGAGCCCAGCAAGGAGAGAUAGGAUUGGCAACACACACGUGCGUGCGCAUGCGCGCGCACACACGCACACACACACACACAGACUGAAAUAAUUUGUAGAUGUGCCUUCCUCUAGCACAUGGAGAUCUUAAGAUUCUGCUCUCCUUAUCUAAAUCAAAUUCAGUUACAAAAUGUUGCUUGAAUGUUACGUCAGAAAACAGUCUCAGUAAGGUCCCCCAAAAGGAAUGGGUCUGCAGUAAGGUAAAGCGAGCAGAUUGUGGCUCCGUGCUUAGCCUUAUUAGAAUGGUUGUAAACUCAGGGGAAUGGGUAGCGACGUAUUAUUUCCCUCUUUGCAACUACACUUACUUAUACUUUCAAUCUUUUUCUACUAGAAAGUGGACCUCUUCAGUUUGGGCAUAAUAUUCUUUGAGAUGUCUUACCAUCCGUUGACGACUGCAUCGGAAAGGAUCUUUGUUCUCAGUCAGCUAAGGCUUGUACGUAUGAAAGCUUCAUAAUAACCUGUCAAACAUGACUUGUUGCUUAUGUCACGUACAGAUUUCUCUCUGGAUCCAUUGUAAAACUCUAGUUCCAGAACUUAAUGCAAAUAUAUUUUUAAAAAUAAAUAUCUAGACCAGAACUUCCUGUUGACCUUUUCCAGAGAUUAUUAGUUUUUAAUCAUGUCCCUCCACCCACUAAGCCAAUACAAAGUCUCUAUAGAGCAUAGAUUUUAUUUUCUGCUGUGUUAAGUAAAAUACAUUAGACCUGCUGCAAAAAUUGUUUGUGAUAAGAAAGGGGGCUGCUACCUUCAACGUUGCCUGGGGUGGUAGGAGAACUCUACUGCUCUUACUUUUACUUGUAAAAAGCAUGAAGGGAAAGUAUUUGCAGUGGUAUUGCACAUUAAUAGACACGUACCUGAUGCAAUGGGGAUGCAGGUGGCGCUGUGGGUUAAACCACAGAGCCUAGGACUUGCCGAUCAGAAGGUCGGCGGUUCAAAUCCCCGCAACGGGGUGAGCUCCCGUUGCUCAGUCCCUGCUCCUGCCAACCUAGCAGUUCAAAAGCACGUCAAAGUGCAAGUAGAUAAAUAGGUACCGCUCCGGCAGGAAGGUAAAUGGCGUUUCUGGGUGCUGCUCUGGUUCGCCAGAAGCGGCUUAGUCAUGCUGACCACAUGACCCGGAAGCUGUACGCCGGCUCCCUCGGCCAAUAAAGCGAGAUGAGCGCCGCAACCCCAGAGUCAGCCACGACUAGACCUAAUGGUCAGGGGUCUCCUUUACCUUUACCUUACCUGAUGCAAUGCAUAAUGAGCCAAUGUCUGCCCUGUGGGAUCUAUGUUUGCUGUGGGAUCUAUGUUUACAUGUGGGAUCUAUGUUUGCUGUGCAGUGGUACAAAUAAAUAGCUGUAGAAUCUACACCGCCAUCUGGCAGAAUUGCUGGUGUGACUGCUUUGCCAACAAUGAAAACUCAGUUUUGAGUGACAUCCCUCAGCUGUUAAAACCCUGGAAAUAUCCACUUGGACAUUUGACUGAAGUACUUGCAAUCUUUAAAUUAUAUUGUUCUGAAUGCAAAAAAAUUCUGGUUUUGGGGAAGCACAUCUUUUGCAACUUUCUUCCUGUUUGAUUCUACUCUGCUUUAUUUCCCAGCCUUCUAUUGAAUUUCCAGAAGACUUCGAUGAAGUGAAGAAUGCAAAACAGGUAUUCAUAAACCUUUUUCAGUUGCUGUGUUCUGUGUUCUCAAAGUUUAAUCAUAAUUUUACCCUCUUUGUUUCACACCAGUGCACGCCCAAGCAAUUACAAUAUAGCACUAGAGACAUAGGAAAAUAAAUUAUAGAAAGGGGAAGUAAACUACUGACACUGAAGUGUUAAGCCUGCAGAGCUCAUUAGAAUGGCUCCAAAAGAUUAAUUUACUCUGGAACUUAUGCCACUUGUGGAAUAUUGACAUUACAGUUAUUUACGUUAAGUGUGGUGUUGGGAAGAUGCGACUAAAAAGAGCAAUAUUUUUAAAACAAAACAAAACAGGACUAUAUAUUUUUGCUUCUUUUUUUUUAGAAAUUGGUUAUUGCUUGGCUGUUGAACCAUGAUCCUUCCAAAAGACCAACUGCUAUGGAGCUGUUAAAGAGUGAACACCUUCCUCCACCUCAGAUGGAGGAGUCUGAACUUCACGAAGUGCUUCAUCAUACUUUAGCAAAUGUGGAUGGGAAAGCUUACCGGACAAUGAUGGGUCAGAUAUUUUCACAGCGCAUCUCUCCUGCAAUUGAUUACACCUAUGACAGUGACAUUCUCAAGGUUUGCUUUAAAUUUAAUGACUAGCACCCUGCAGGAAUAAUAAAAUAAAUAAAUAAAUAACCCACAGCUGCUGUUGAAAUCUGAGGUCUUACAAUUUACUCCUUUGUUAGGCUAGGGCCAGGCGAUGCUGCAGUCCAGUUUAUAUGAAUGUCUUCAGGUGUCACACUCAUCCAGAACUGAAUACUUUUGCUUGAUAUCUUACAUAAGGUUAUCCAUGUUCACCUGUGCAGAUAUUAGAUGAUAAUAUGGGCGAAUAAAUGCCCUACUCCUGAUUGUGCCCCCAAAUGCCUCACACCAGUGAUGCUUGCACAUAGAUGUACAUUUCCAAUGAGCAGAUCAACUUAUCUGCAUAGCAGGUAACAGAGAAUUGCUUGGAACUUAAGAUCUGAGACUUUCCCAACUUUUCCUUCCCACGACAGCCUCCUAUAAAGAUGUUUCUGAAGGUUUAGGAGGGUACCUAUGGAACAAUAGCAGCUCGGGCAAAUUGGUAUAUACCUUGCGAGAGCAGAACUGCUUUCUACUUUUGCUAGGAACGAAGCUUAUGGAAAUUAAGCAUUUUCAACACUUGACAAUGUGCCAUAUAAAACUAAGUUGCAGAAGUAGUGCUUCCAACAUUGGCAUUAAAGAUGUCAAUAUCUAUGUCCCCUUCUUAUGCUUGAAAGCACAGAACAUGCAGUUAUAACUACAUGUUAUUUUCCUUUUACCAGGCUACAUGGAGGAGGCACAAAACGUUUGCAAAAGCUUUUUGUUCCCUGUCUCCAAUGCCGCUCUUAUUUUUAUUUAUAGAUGUAAAAUGCUGUUAAGGCAUGAGGGCAUAAAGACUCCUGCUCCCAAUUUAAUACCUUUCUACAUGACUAGAAAUGUGAAAAACAGGUGUUGCAGGGGAGACAUUAUUUUUAGCAGCGUUUUUAGCAAAUGGUACUGUUCUGACACCUCUGUUGCAUUUUCCCUUUAUGUCCUAGGGCCUGUUUUUGUUUUUAAACCAUGUGGAUUCUCUCCUUUUUAAUCCUCACAUAGGACAGAAAUUCUGAGCCUAACCAUCAUAUUUCCAGGAAUACUGUAAUGUUUAAUCUUUAAAUUAUUAGUAUAAAAAACACCCAACAGAGUGCAAAGGGGCCAACAUUCAAUGAAAUGAUCUGCUAGUAAAAACUAAUGUUAGACUCUUUGCUGAGUAUAACAUCCAUAUUGCUUUCUCAUGGUGUGACAGGAUGGCUGUUCUGAUUUGAGGUGGCUUGUACUUUGGAUGUUUCCAGUGUUCAGAAUUCCUUAUGCAUCAUUAUCAUUUUGAUUCCAGGGCAGUUUUUCAGUGCAGUCAAUCAAGAUUCAGCAACAUGUAUGUGAGACAGUCAGCCGAAUCUUUAAAAGACAUGGUAUGUAUGUUUACACUAUUGGUUCUUGAAUUUUUUUAUAUGUAAAUUGGGGUAGGGAACUAUUUUCUCUCUCAAAAAAAAAGUGGGGCCGGUGGAUUACAGAGAGAUUGAUCAGCUUAAAGAUUUUGCCUUUUUAGUUUUUCUUCUAUCUUUAAAAAUUGUUUGAGUAAUUUAAUAAACUGAAGGCGAAUAAUUGAACAUCAAACUGUUCACCUUUCCAGAGCCAGUCCAAAAACACUUGUCUGUUGUGGGUCGCUGUGGUGAUUUUAAUUCCCCUACAACAGAGCACGAUUUAGCAGUCUUAUUCUUCCAAAUAAGAUUCGGCACAUAUUCUAAAUUUUCUUAUGUCAGGUAGCAUUCAUAGGCACUAUUUUCCAGGAUGAUGUCUAUUGAAAUUAAUGGACUCUGCCCAGGAACCCAUAAUGCUCCAGUUUAUUCCAGUAAGGUUUUCACAAGAAAAAGUACGUGUGAAUUCUAUGCAAAGAGAAUUUAAGUGAGCACCAAAACUACAGCGGCAAUUCAGUCUUUUAGCAAUGAGAGAGUCCUCUUUCUUCUCUGCACCUAUUACAGGGGUAGGCCCAAUAUCUCUUACAGAGUCUUGACCAGCCAAUCAUGAACAUACAGCUUUCCUAUUAAGAAAAAAAGGAAUGUUACAUAGAGUGCAUUGGCUUUCUAAAAUUGUCUGUUAGUUCCCUGUUUGUGGUGCAGAAAUUAGACUCUUUCAACCAUUUUUGAACAGGAGCUAUCAAGCUGCACACCCCCUUGCUUAUGCCUAGGAACAGAAAACUGUACGAACACAAUGAAGCUUCAUAUUUGAUGGAUCACAGUGGAAUGCUGGUGAUGCUUCCUUAUGAUCUCAGGGUGAGUACUAGUGUGGAGUUAAGUGAUCUUAGAGUUUCUGCCCAGCCUCUUUACCAACUUCCCUUUGUUGACGAUGAGGGCUGAUUCAGACACUGAUGUUGGCAUUGUAGGGUGGUCUUCCAUUCCUAUAAGACCUUACUACUUUGCAACCACUCUCCCUUCCCUCUUAAAAUAUUCUCUCAUGCAGAAACCUGACGCAUUAAGGAAAAAGUUUCUAGCGUUUAUAAAAGGCAGAUUAACUCAGAAUUGGCUUCAAGUAGUCAACAACACAUUCCCAACGUGACAAAUUAGCUUCGUUAAGUAUUUUUGUCACUACAAAAUAGUAUAUAAUAAUAAUAAUAGCAAAUGAUCGUGCAGUCUGAUUGGAGGAAGUGUUUUAAAGAAUUUUAUUAGCUGCAAUCGAAAAGGUGCUCUGACUUGCCUGUUCCUUUUUACCUCCUUAUUUAUUCAUGUCAUAGUUCCGACCAAUUCUGCUAAAAAUAAAAAGCUCAUUUACAGGCAACAAUUUCAAAGGGUUAUUCUGUUCAUUUAGCUAUAAAAUAUUGAUUACUGGAAGAAUUUUACAAAAUCUGAAACCACAUAAAUUAGAAUGAUUGGCUACGUAGACGAACCUACUGGAAAUUUUGGUGGGAAACUUUCACUAGCAUUGCCUAUUUGGAAUUAACAUGAACUUUUGACAAUUAAUGGAAAUCAUUUCUGAAGUCCUAUAAUGAUAGGAAGCCUAAUUUUCUCUAUUUCAUUAAGUACCAUGUUCACUGCAAAAUCAUUUCAGCUACUUUUGUUUGAUAUGAUUUUUUUUUAUUGACAAUCUGCAUUUUACAUUUCCCCCUCCAGAUUCCUUUUGCAAGAUACGUAGCUAGAAAUAACAUAACAAAUUUGAAAAGGUAAGGGCAUGGCCCAGGAAUUAUUUCAUUCUUUCUUCAAAUGUAGUACCUGCCUGUCUAAUUGUUGUCCCUUUAAAAAUAAAUCUAACCUAUAUAGGAGAGGCCAUAGCUCACACUUUGCAUCUUGUACCAUUCCCUGGCAUCUCCAUUUACAAAUGAAUCUUGAGUAGCAGCACUGGAGAAGUCUCAAGUCACAGCCAAUUGUUGCAAGCAGAUUGGGGGUAGAUGAGUCAAUAAUGUUUAGCACUGUAAAAGGCAGCUUCAUAUCUAUUUCCCCAGACCUUUGGGAAUGUCCAGUAAUUGUUGAUCUCUGCACAUGAUUUUAUUGGCUGUGUUAAUUGUUUGCUGUUGAUAUAUUGUACGUUGCCAUUUUUGUGUGUUGUAAUUGUCCCUGGAACCUAGAGUUGCUGUAUUUCAAAAAGUAAAAUUCCUGACACCCGCAAAGUUGUUGAGCUUUUUCCCUCCCCCCCCCAAAAAAUAGCAAUAAAUAUGUCAAAUAACUAAAAGUAAAUAAAAAAUGCUUUCAAAUGUAAAAUAUUCACAUUUUCCUCCCACCCUCCCAGAUACUGUAUUGAGCGGGUUUUCAGGCCUCGGAAAUUAGACCGCUGUCAUCCAAGAGAGCUCUUAGAAUGUGCUUUGGAUAUAAUCACUCCUGCUGGCAACAGUUUUCUACCUAUUGCAGAAGCAAUCUACACAAUUUCUGAAAUAAUCCAAGAGUUUCCUGUGUUGCAGGCAAGUGUUCCUCUGUUUUCUUUUUCCCCAAAACAUACAGUGUUUUAGUUUUUCUUUAGUUUAAAAGAAGGAGUCUCUUUCUCCUCCUGCACUUAUCCCUUUAAUGUUAGGGCAGAGUAGGAAUGAAUUUGGUCCAUUUUAUAGCUUGCCUUACAGAAGUCUUUCAAAAUUUUAUGCAGUUUAGUUUUUCUUGCCUCUCUACCCAACUGUAACAUAUCUUUGCCAGACUUCUCAUCAAUGAGUGUGUGUGUUUAGUAUCUGUAAGCAAGACAUUAAGGAGGAAAUGUUAGAUUUUUCCAAAGAUUUUGACAUACUUUCAUUUGAAAAAUCUCAAAACAUUUUAAGAAAAAAAUUUGUGAAGGAGAAGCAGAUGUUAUGAAACUGCAGGGAACUUGUACCAGCCAAGAUUACUGGAAAAUCACGCCGAGAACACAGCCACAAUCCAGCAUGGCAUAAACGUAGCCUUCAUUCUUAUAUGUUAAUGAUUCUACAAAUAUUUAUAAAUUAAAUACCAAAUUUGAAUAACUGGUUAGGAUGCCAAGAACUGCUUAGAUUUAUGCAGUGAAGUUGCAUUAGCUGAACAGAGUUUUUGAUGUUUUCUGACACACACUCUUCACACCACAAUACUAUAUUCCAAGUUGUUUUCCAAACUACUCCAUUUCAAAACCACUUUUUGCAAUGCCAGGGUAGAGCGAGAAGGCUUCUGUCGCAGAUGAAUGAAUCUAAGCCUGCUUAGACUCAGAGAACAAGUUUCAUGGUUCAUUGGAUCCUGACCACUGUUUCCAAGUUGUACACAGCUAACACGGCUUAAGUGCAGUUUCAAACGAGUUCCUCCAAGUUUGAAGUACAGUUCUGUUCUGAUGUGCAAGACACAAUGCUAUAUACAGUGGUACCUCGGGUUAAGUACUUAAUUCGUUCUGGAGGUCCGUUCUUAACCUGAAACUGUUCUUAACCUGAAGCACCACUUUAGCUAAUGGGGCCUCCUGCUGCUGCCGCGCCGCCGGAGCAUGAUUUCUGUUCUCAUCCUGAAGCAAAGUUCUUAACCCGAGGUACUAUUUCUGGGUUAGCGGAGUCUGUAACCUGAAGCGUAUGUAACCUGAAGCGUAUGUAACCUGAGGUACCACUGUAUUCGGAGAUUGAAUGAUUAGUGAACUUUUUUUUGCUGACUCAAAUUUGGCUAUCAUUAAAAAAGUAAUGGGCAUUAACACCAAACUUUGCUCUUUCUUAGGAAAGAAACUAUAGCAUCUUCUUGAAUCACACUGCCUUACUGAAAGCUAUCCUCCUGCAUUGCGGGAUACCUGAAGACAAACUCAAUCAAGUUUACAUCAUUCUCUAUGAUGCUGUGGUAAGUCAUUUCAUAGAAUCAUAGAAUCAUAGAGUUGGAAGAGACCACAAGGGCCAUCGAGUCCAACCCCCUGCCAAGCAGGAAACACCAUCAGAGCACUCCUGACAUAUGGUUGUCAAGCCUCUGCUUAAAGACCUCCAAAGAAGGAGACUCCACCACACUCCUUGGCAGCAAAUUCCACUGUCGAACAGCUCUUACUGUCAGGAAGUUCUUCCUAAUGUUUAGGUGGAAUCUUCUUUCUUGUAGUUUGGAUCCAUUGCUCCGUGUCCACUUCUCUGGAGCAGCAGAAAACAACCUUUCUCCCUCCUCUAUGUGACAUCCUUUUAUAUAUUUGAACAUGGCUAUCAUAUCACCCCUUAACCUCCUCUUCUCCAGGCUAAACAUGCCCAGCUCCCAUAGCCGUUCCUCAUAAGGCAUCGUUUCCAGACCUUUGACCAUUUUGGUUGCCCUCCUCUGGACACGUUCCAGUUUGUCAGUGUCCUUCUUGAAUUGUGGUGCCCAGAACUGGACACAGUACUCCAGGUGAGGUCUGACCAGAGCAGAAUACAGUGGCACUAUUACUUCCCUUGAUCUAGAUGCUAUACUCCUAUGGAUGCAGCCCAGAAUUGCAUUGGCUUUUUUAGCUGCCGCGUCACACUGUUGGCUCAUGUCAAGUUUGUGGUCAACCAAGACUCCUAGAUCCUUUUCACAUGUACUGCUCUCAAGCCAGGUGUCACCCAUCUUGUAUUUGUGCCUCUCAUUUUUUUGGAGAGGGUUUAUGUGUUCAGUAACCACAAGACUUCUUUAUUGGUUGCAGACAAGCUGCAUAAAUCAUUGAAGUAGGUUUUGAAGGAGUGGCCAGCGGGAAAAGGAAGAGUAGGCGUUCAUUAGGAUCACAGAGAGGAGGAAAAGGCGAUGGGUUCAAGUAGCAGGAAAGUAACGUUAAGGUGAACAUUGGAUCAGAUGUCCCCAACUGCCUUUAGGCUGUGAUGCACCAGCUCUGCUUGCCGUGAUUCAGCAAAGGAGAUUUGUACACACAUCGUGCUGGUUCAGGAACCCUGGAGAUAGUGGUGUGGAUGCUUAUUCUUCAUACAGCAUUGGUUUUCCUGUGGGCAGCAUUUGUCCACAGCCACAUUCUGGCACAUGUUGCAUGUAAAGCUUUUUUUACAUAGGAAGCUGCCUUGUGCCUGUCCAUCUAGUUAUCGGGCUUCAGGGACUUGGCUGCCUCCCCUCUUUGGCAGUAGAUAAGCAGAACAAAGCAAAAGGAGUCUCUUGCCAGUUAGAAAUUUUAACGCUCAUAGCGUUAUCCAUUUCUAGGGAUGAAGGUGCUCCCAAUUAAGGGUUCCACCCAAUUCCCCUCUUGUCAUCCACGUCACUUCCGCACCUUUCAACCUGAUCUCACAACCACUUUGCUUUCUGUGCUGCCACCUUAUCUACACUCCUUGACCUUGGGCUGAGCAGAUGGAUGCUUUCCAGCGAAAGAGAGUCUGUUAACUCUCUCUCUCUCUCCCCCACUUCUCCUCCUCCUAGCUGUUCACCACCCAGUUCUUCCCAACUUUUGUCUUCUGAACUAUGUCCGUCUGCAAACCACCGUUCCAAAUCUGUACUGUCCCAUUGCUCCAGGGAAGAUUCAGGAUCCUGGUCAGGAGCAGCAGGAGGGGAAGACUCCCACCAAUUCCUCCUCAGUGCAGCCUCCGCAGCACGGUCCCUGACACUAGCUCAGUAUUGUCCACACAGACUGGCAGUGGCUUCCCGGGUUUCAACCCUGAUAUUUCCAACCCUACCUGGAGAUGCUGAGGCUUGAACCCUGGGGCCACCUGAAUGCAAAGCAAAUACUUCACCACUGAGAUGCAAUCCUUCACCCAAAGCAUAACCAGAGCAGGACUUAAGAUCAGUUCAGGUGCAACACCAAAUUCCAGGAUUUGCAUUCAGAGCUUCCUCCGAGGGCAGAGACAGAACUGUUGGGUUUCAGAGGGCAAGAAAUGUUUAGUUGUGGUGUACCAUUGGUGUAGUGGUAAUACUUGCCUGUGUGCUUGCCUCAAACCUGCUCGGAGACUUUUUUUAACGCACCCAAGCAUUUGAUUGUUGAUGUAUGUCUCUCACUCAGUGGAUUAUUUUUAACUGUUUCUUUCUUGUAUUUUUUUAUUUGCAAAUACAACAAAAUGUUCUGUCACAGUGAUCAUUUGUGGGAAAUAUGUACUUGGGGGAUGUUUAGUGUGAUCACUUUUAGUUAUAAUUGGUGUAUGGUUUUUAAUAUUUCUUCAUUUUCUAUGUAAGUUUCCUUGCGACCUUCCAAGGAGACACGUAGAUAAAGUUUAGUAAUAAUCUGCAUAUAAAUGUUGAACAUUUUACGGGUGACAGCACAGAAAUUUAAAUGUCACAUUUUUAUUUUAUUUUAUAAAAUUUAAGCACUGCUUGUUUUUUUAAAAACACAAAUUCUCUUUUAAGUCCCCCCCCCCCAACCUAGAAAUAAGAAAAUAUCAAACAGCUUGCAUGUUGAUCAUUUAUUUUGCUGCAGACUGAAAAAUUAACUAAAAGAGAAGUGGAAGCCAAGUUCUGCAACAUUUCGCUAUCAUCAAACAGUGUAAGUAAUAUGAAAAUGCCUUGGUUGUGUUUGUGUGUGUUAUUUUUGAUGUAUAGAUACAUUUAUACCCCACUCGAGCCCUGCGAGAUUCUCAGAGUGGUUAAAAAUUAAAAGCAACAUGUUCAGUUUUCUUUCAUAGUACUAUGGAGGUUCAAGAGAGUGUGCAAACACUUCCAUGAGCAUUUUACUUAACCUUUCUUUUUAUAUUCUCCUUCCCAUUUAUAACAGGCAGGACAUAGCUACUCCCUCCCAGUCUUUUACAUUGUUUGGCUUUGACCUGCAUGCAUUUUAUAUUUAACUUAGCUGAGAUUUCUCUAUUGGAAACAGACAGUAUUUAAACAUACUGAAACCACUGGGAACUGUUGCCAAUAUGCAGAUCACACCCAUUUUUCUAUCUGAAUUAGGAAAGGGCACUAAGGUGCAAGAUCAGUGCUUGGAGGCAGCAGUGAGCUGGAAGCAGGCCAGUAAAUUGGAAGCUGAAUCAUGAAAAGCAGAUAUGCUCCAGAAUGGUCACUGGAAGCUCAGGAGUGCCUGUUUCCAGCUCAAGCUGAUUCACCAGCUUUGGCUACUUCGGGGUGGAGAUGACUUGUCCAUUGUACUCCAUGCUCUGCUAACUUCCAGAAUAGGUUGUUGCAACACACUCUCGAUGGCGCUGCCUUUGAAGAUGAUGCAGAAACUUCAACUGGUACAAAAUGUUGGUCCAGAAUACUGGCUGCGGCUCCAUUUAGAACUCACAUAGUCCCAUUUUAAAACAGCUGCUUUGUUUGCCAGUUUGUUUUGCUGAUAGGGCUUUCUGCUCUUGUGCCUUUAGUUCCAACCAGCACGUAGCAAUUCCUACAUAUGUGCUUUAUUUAUACCCAUCUCUUGCCUUUCAGCUUGCUCAACUGUACAAAUUCAUUGAACAGAAAGGGGAGUUGCAAGAUCUGAUGCCAUUGUUAAACACGAUAUUGAAGCAAAAGACGGGGGCCACCUCGCUGGUGAAACUUGGCAUGAAAGAGCUGGAGGAAACAGUGGGUCUGCUAAAGAAACUUGGCAUAAAAAUUCAGGUUUGUAAGAGUUUUUAAAAAGUCAAAAUAAAUGGGUUAGAACCGUACAGUGGUACCUCAGGUUACAUACGCUUCAGGUUACAGACUCCGCUAACCCAGAAAUAGUACCUUGGGUUAAGAACUUUGCUUCAGGAUGAGAACAGGAAUUGUGCUCCGGCGGUACGGCAGCAGCAGGAGGCCCCAUUAGCUAAAGUAGUGCUUCAGGUUAAGUACGGACCUCUGGAACGAAUUAAGUACUUAACCCGAGGUACCACUGUAUUUCUUAUGUGUCAUAAUCAUGAUUAAUCAUAACAGAUCUUCUGGAUUUAAUUGCCAUAAAGAAAGCACCUACUGAAGCUAGUCACCUUAAGUGCGCAACAUGCAAAAAAUUUACAAUAUGUAGUAAUGGGGGGCUUUUACUUUAAAGGGGGUUGGAUAUCUGAUCAGAAAAUGACCAGUUGGACACCAAUGCAGAGGAUAAGCUUGAGACAGAUGAAUAACAAUAGCUCUUGCACACCCCACCCUGUGAAAAGCCAGGCAGGAGGGGACAGAUGCUGUUUAGGAUCACUGCUGCCUUCCUUAGGGAAUUUCAAUUCUCAUUUUAGUACCUGAAAUAACUUUACAUGCUUGUUAAUUUGAACAUUUGUACCAUUUCUGCUUACUGCAGUUGCCUUAAGUCUAAGAUGACAACAUAAACUCAGCAUUUUAUCUUGCAGGUAUCCAUAAAUUUGGGGCUGGUUUAUAAAAUACAGCAACACAAUGGAAUUAUUUUUCAGUUUAUUGCAUAUAUUAAACGCAGACACAGGAUAGUUACUGACAUUCUCGCUGCUGGGGGAAGAUAUGAUCAUUUGGUGAGUGCUUAUAAAUUUGUGCUUAUAAAUUUAAGCUGUGAUUGAUACUUUUCUAGUAUACCUCUUCUUUUUGUCUUCUCAGAUUCCACAGUUCAGAGGCCCACAAGCAGUUGGUCCAGUUCCUUCAGCAGUUGGAGUCAGCAUAGCUAUAGACAGAAUAAGCUCAGCAGUUUUGAGUAUGGAAGAGCCGGUACGUUUGCAUUCCUCUGCAUUACAUUUUUAAAAUCAUUUAAAUGUAAACUCAGCAAAGAGUAACAAAGCUGCAGAAGUGUUAAUCUCUUUCAAACAUUAUCAAUGACAUGAAAAUAUAGCAAAUAGUCUUAAGACUGGUAAUGCUUGUUUCACUUAAGUUUUUCAUUACUGUAAUUGGGGUCAUGCAAAUGGUGAAGGUGGAACUAAUACCUGGAUGCUUCCAACUGUGUAACAUAGAAAUGCAUGUAAACUUUUUUUUGGGAGGAAAAAACAGUUCUUCGUUUCCAAAAAGUCUCUGUCGGCUUCUCCAAAUUGUUGUUUGCCCCCAGCCUGUGCACCUUCCAAGAUGUCCAAAUAAUUAUGAUUAUUAACCAAGAAUAUGACCAUUAUUUAGUAGCUAGGACUGCUUUAUCUCUAUCAAAAGCAAAGUUCACUGCCAUUCUGACUUGUUUCAAAACCAGUGGUGGGGCAGUUCCUCAAGGAUUCUAACCAUUUGGUCCUCCCCCCUUCCUUUUCUUCCAGAUUACAGUGAGCUCUUGCGACCUGUUAGUCGUUAGUGUUGGCCAAACGUCAAUGGCAAGAGCUCUCAAUAUUGUUCAGAAGCUCUGGGCUGCUGGAAUUGCUGCUGAAAUCAUGUACGACUGGUCCCAGGUAAAUCGCCUAAUAUAUUCAUCAUAGCACUCAAUAACUUCCAGCUGCACAGCAGGACUCUCCCCGCCCCCCAUACCCUUGAUUUGUUCUGUCCCCCUGGAACAUAUUUGGGGAUGAUUGACGGAGCGACUCCUGUUGUGUAGCUUGUUCCACCCAUACAACAGUGGUACCUCAGGUUACAUACGCUUCAGGUUACAGACUCCGCUAACCCAGAAAUAUUACCUCGGGUUAAGAACUUUGCUUCAGGAUGAGAACAGAAAUCGUGCUCCGGUGGCGCGGCGGCAGCAGGAGGCCCCAUUAUCUAAAGUGGUGCUUCAGGUUAAGAACAGUUUCAGGUUAAAGACAGACCUCCAGAACGAAUUAAGUACUGAACCUGAGGUACCACUGUAGUUGAAUCCCACCCCUUGGGUCUCACUUUUAAAAUUGUUGAAACCUUAUAAAGCUCAACAACAUAUCUUGUAUGAGCACUCCUCAAGUUUGCCCAAGCCGAGAAAACUUGAUACUUUUGUCUGGUUUGGAUUAUAUUUAUUACAUUUUAAAAAAUAUUUCCAUUCUUCCCUGAGAACUUAGAGGGGUGCAAAAUUAUCCCUCCUCCCCUCCCCGCCCUUAUCCCCACUGCAACUCUGUGAAGUAGAUCAAGCUGAAUGACAGUGACUGGCCCAAGCAAGCUUGGUGGGAAGGGAGGGAUUUGAACCCGGCUCUCCUCAGUUCAAGUGCAUCAUUCUCAGCCACACUGUCUUUCUGUGUGUCUAUCUAGAAAACAUUCAGUGCUGUGAAAUCUAGUCUUUAUUUUUUGUGUAAUUUGUGGUCGUUUCAGUCCCAGGAGGAACUGCAGGAAUAUUGCAGGUGUUCUGGGAUCACCUAUGUGGCCCUCGUCUCUGAUAAAGAAGGAAAUCAUGUAAAGGUAAAAAAGUGCCUGGGUUGCAUCUUUCCCCUUCUGCUUUUCUUCGCCUGUUGUUUCUGCCCUGUUUGCUCACACUCCCAAAUGUUGGGCGCUCUUUUGCACAGCGUUGUCUGAGGACACAUAAUGCAGCCACCUCGCUGAUGAUGCUUAAAGGAGGUCUAAGUCUGGUCAGUGUCUGGAUGGGAGCAAUUCAAAGGGGAAUCAAACACCUGUUUUGCAUUUUUGUAGGUGAAAUCGUUUGAGAAGGAAAGGCAGACAGAGAAAAGGAUUUUGGAAUCUGAUCUAGUAGAUCAUCUGGCUCAGAAACUGAGGACCAAAUUCUGUGACGAAAGAAGCAACAGGUAGCUAUAAUGCGUAGUAACUUGGGGAAAUAAGACACUAAUUGCAGUAGGAGUAAAAUUUGUAUGCCACUUUUCCAUAUAAAUGUGUUCCAAGGUGGCUCACAACAGAACAAAAACGCAAAUCAGUACGCAGUUACAAUAACAAUCAAAUGCAAAAUCAUUUCACAACACAAGGCCACAAAUACCACAUUUUGAUUAUAUGUGUUUGUGUGAGUUUUAGACAGUCACAAGCAUAAUCCUUCCAGCAGUGUUGUUAGGCUCUGGUGCAGCUUACUGAACAGCAGUCUUCCUGGUUGAUUUUGCAAACAGCUCAGGAUAAAUAAGUGCAUAUUGUUUGGAGUAAAAUACAGAAGUUGUCAUGCGUUGAACAACAUAACAAUUUAUCACAUCACCUUUUGAUUUAGUACCUAAAUUGGCGAUCAUGUGGAAGGGGCAUCUGAACUGCCACUUGCAGAGCCAUUCUGGCUCACAUUGGCCAGGGCCAUACUUUGGUCCCCCUCCAGUUCCCUAGUUUUUCAACCCUGCACCAUUGUUUCCUCCCUCUAUCCCAGGUGUUGCAAAGCUAGGCAGUCAUCAGACAUCUCUCAUGAAUCUAGAGAUCCAGUGGAUCAAAGUCUGUCUGUCACCCCCUUGAAUGAGCUCGCAGGGCAGCAGUUGAAGAAGGAGCAAAAAGGGCUUUCUUGUGUGUGUGUUUCUUUGUGGCUGAUUAGCUGCUCUCCCUGUGCAAAGGUCAGAGGGGGCAGGGUUUCUGUUGAGGCAGGUGAUUAGCUGUGGGAGGAGCUUAUCAGAGCUUGCAGGGCAGCGGCGCGCGGCGCUAGACGCGCGCAGUUUGAUCCAUCUUUUAGAUUUAGGGGAGCUAGUCUCAAACGUUCGUUGGGGGAGACCUAGGUUUUUUUGAGGGGGAGUUAUUUGUCCUGUCUUCACUCUUUUUAUGAUGGAGGACCGCUGUAGCCACCCCCAACGACACGUUCGCAAGACGGAGGGGGAGGGAACAGCUGCAGUCGCCUGCGGUUCCUGCGCAAUGUUUGCCAUCUUGCCAAAGGUUGCAGGCAGCUUUACCUGCAGCAAUUGCAUGUUGAUUGCCCUCUUAGAAGACAAAGUCCAGCAACUGGAGGAACGUGUAGCUACGCUCCAAAGAAUUAGAGAGCUGGAGCUCUUCUUGGAAGCAACAGAGCACACUGUCUCCACCAAGGAGGAGACGGGACUCCCCUGAGAAGGAGGCUAGUUCACCAACACAGGAGCCAGAUAUAUGGAGAAACGUGACUCAAAGAAGUAGGAGGCCCAGGGUUCGCUCUGAUUGUUUAGAAAUACACAAUCGCUUUGAGGUCCUCUCCCCUAGCAUGGAAGACGAAGAGCAGACUCCAUUUGAGGAUCUCUCCCUCAUUACAGUCGAUCAGGUAUAUGAAGACGAGCAGCAAAGUCAGUCCUCACGGAAUGUGCAGGCGACCUUGGAACGGACAGCUCACGGAAGAACCCCGACCAAACCUAAGAGGCGGCGUGUAGUGGUGAUAGGGGAUUCCCUACUGAGGGAACAGAAGCAGUGAUCUGUGGGCCUGACAAGAUGUCUCGGGAAGUGUGCUGUCUCCCAGGGCUAAGAUCCAAGAUGUAACUGAACGACUGCAAGGAAUCAUAAAACCCACUGACAAAUACCCCCUCCUCUUGGUUCAUGUGGGAACCAAUGACACUGCAAGCAAUAGCCUCCAGAAGAUCAAAAGAGACUAUGAGGCUCUGGGCAGGAAAUUGAAGCAAUAAAAUGCACAAAUUGUCAUCUCAUCUGUCCUCCCAGUUGAACGACGUGGCCCAGGGAGAGAGGGGAAAAUAGUGGGAGUGAACAGCUGGCUUCACAAAUGGUGUAAACAGGAACGGUUUGGAUUCUUAGAUCAUGGACUGCAGUUUCUUGAAGAUGGACUUCUGGCAAGCGAUGGGCUGCACCUCACAACGGUUGGGAGGAAUGUUUUUGCCAAAAAUCUCAGAAACCUCAUCAGGAGGGCUUUAAACUGACUAAUGUGGGGAGGAGACAGUGCUCCUGAAGGUAGGAGUCUAUCAAUUGAUGAAGAUGAUCAUCCAAAUGUCAUAGACCAAAUGGAGCAAACAGCACGCAGACCUAGUGGUGGGAGGAAAAAAUCCUUAAAUAAGAGACACAGGGGAAUGAAUAAUGGACUUCAGUGUCUGUACACUAAUGUGCAAAGCAUGGGAAAUAAACAAGAUGAGCUUGAGCUCUUGGUACAGCAAACUAAAUAUGACAUAAUAGGCAUCACUGAAACCUGGUGGGAUAAGUCCCACGAUUGGAAUGUAAUAAUGGAGGGAUACAAUCUAUUUCAGAGAAACAGACCAGACAAGAAAGGAGGAGGCGUUAUAUGUCAGGGAUGUGUAUACCUGUGAAGAGAUCCAAGAUUUAGAACCUCAAAGCCAAAGUGAGAGCAUUUGGAUCAAAAUUAAGGGAGAGAAGAAUAACAGUGACCUCAUUGUGGGAGUUUACUAUAGAUCCCCAAGCCAAACGGAGGACAUAGAUGAUGCCUUCCUGGAACAGAUGGCCAAGCAUGCAAAAGGAAGGGAGAUAGUAGUAAUGGGGGACUUCAAUUAUCCGGAUAUUUGUUGGAUGUCAAACUCAGCCAAGAGCAUAAGGUCAAACAGAUUCCUCACUGGCCUUGCAGACAACUUCAUUGUCCAGAAAGUGGGAGAAGCAACAAGAGGAACAGCCAUUUUAGAUCUGGUCCUAACCAAUGUUGAUGACCUGGUUAGUGGGAUAGAAGUGGAAGGAUCAUUAGGCGCGAGUGAUCAUGCUCUUCUGAAGUUUACUAUACAGCGGAAAGGAGCAGCCAAGCAUACUAGGACUCAAUUUCUUGACUUUAAGAAAGCCGACUUCAUAAAACUUAGGGAAGUGCUGGGUGAGAUCCCAUGGACAGUAAUACUAAAAGGAAAGGGAGUUCAUGAUGGCUGGGAGUUUGUUAAGAGGGAGAUAGUAAAAGCACAACUUCAGGCAAUACCAAUGAGACGGAAACAUGGAAGGUGCCUAAAGAAGCCAGGGUGGCUAUCUAAAGAACUUUUAACUGAGUUAAGAUUAAGAAAGGAUGUGUACAAAAAAUGGAAAAGGGGGGAAACCACCAAAGAGGAAUUCAAACAAAUAGCCAGCACGUGUAGACACAAAGUCAGAAAAGCUAAAGCACAGAAUGAACUCAGGCUUGCUAGAGAGGUUAAAAGCAACAAAAAGGCUUUUAUGGGUAUGUUCGUAGCAAAAGGAAGAACAAAGAAACAGUGGGGUCACUCAGAGGAGAAGAUGGUGAAAUGCAAACAGGGGACACAGAAAGGGCUGAACUCCUCAAUGCCUUCUUUGCCUCAGUCUUCUCCGAUAAAGAAAACAAUGCCCGACCUGAAGAAUUUGGAGCAAAUGAUUCAGCAGAGGAAACACAGCCCAGAAUAACUAAGGAGAUAGUACAAGAAUACUUGGCUAGUUUAGAUGUAUUCAAGUCUCCAGGGCCAGAUGAACUGCAUCCAAGAGUAUUAAAAGAACUGGCAGAUGUGAUCUCAGAACCACUGGCAGUCAUCUUUGAGAAUUCCUGGAGAACAGGCGAAGUCCCGGCAGACUGGAGGAGGGCAAAUGUUGUCCCUAUUUUCAAAAAGGGGAAAGAGAGGACCCAAAUAAUUACCGCCCAGUCAGUCUGACAUCAAUACCAGGGAAGAUUCUGGAGCAGAUCAUUAAGCAAACAGUCUGUGAGCACCUAGAAAGGAAUGCUGUGAUCACCAAUAGUCAGCAUGGAUUUCUGAAAAAUAAGUCAUGUCAGACUAACCUGAUCUCGUUUUUGACAGAAUUACAAGCCUGGUAGAUGAAGGGAACGCAGUAGAUGUAGCCUACCUUGAUUUCAGCAAGGCAUUUGACAAGGUGCCCCAUGAUAUUCUUGUAAAGAAGCUGGUAAAAUGCGGUCUUGACUAUGCUACCACUCAGUGGAUUUGUAACUGGCUGACUGACCGAACCCAAAGGGUGCUCAUCAAUGGUUCCUCUUCAUCCUGGAGAAGAGUGACUAGUGGGGUGCCACAGGGUUCUGUCUUGGGCCCGGUCUUAUUCAACAUCUUUAUCAACGACUUGGAUGAUGGACUCAAGGGCAUCCUGAUCAAAUUUGCAGAUGACACCAAACUGGGAGGGGUGGCUAACACCCCAGAGGACAGGAUCACACUUCAAAACGACCUUGACAGAUUAGAGAACUGGGCCAAAACAAACAAGAUGAAUUUUAACAGGGAGAAAUGUAAAGUAUUGCACUUGGGCAAGAAAAAUGAGAGGCACAAAUACAAGAUGGGUGACACCUGGCUUGAGAGCAGUACAUGUGAAAAGGAUCUAGGAGUCUUGGUUGACCACAAACUUGACAUGAGCCAACAGUGUGACACGGCAGCUAAAAAGCCAAUGCAAUUCUGGGCUGCAUCAAUAGGAGUAUAGCAUCUAGAUCAAGGGAAGUAAUAGUGCCACUGUAUUCUGCUCUGGUCAGACCUCACCUGGAGUACUGUGUCCAGUUCUGGGCACCACAGUUCAAGAAGGACACUGACAAACUGGAACGUGUCCACAGGAGGGCAACCAAAAUGGUCAAAGGCCUGGAAACGAUGCCUUAUGAGGAACGGCUUAGGCAGCUGGGCAUGUUUAGCCUGGAGAAGAGGAGGUUAAGGGGUGAUAUGAUAGCCAUGUUCAAAUAUAUAAAAGGAUGUCACAUAGAGGAGGGAGAAAGGUUGUUUUCUGCUGCUCCAGAGAAGCGGACACGGAGCAAUGGAUCCUAACUACAAGAAAGAAGAUUCCACCUAAACAUUAGGAAGAACUUCCUGACAGUAAGAGCUGUUUGACAGUGGAAUUUGCUGCCAAGGAGUGUGGUGGAGUCUCCUUCUUUGGAGGUCUUUAAGCAGAGGCUUGACAACCAUAUGUCAGGAGUGCUCUGAUGGUGUUUCCUGCUUGGCAGGGGGUUGGACUCGAUGGCCCUUGUGGUCUCUUCCAACUCUAUGAUUCUAUGAUUCUAUGAAUGCCCCAUUUGGGGCCUUACCACCACCAAAAGAACUUCCAGUAGCAGAUCUUCGCCUGCAGACCUAUUCAGAGGUGUAGUAGGAGACACCCCCCUCCACCAGUGAAGCUAGUUGCUCCUAAUCCUUCCCAGUCAGCAAAUCUGAGGAAGGAUUGUUCCAUUGUUCAAAAUGUCUUACUUUUAUGUAAUAUUGAAGAAAGCAGUUCAUAAUAGCAAAUGUUUUGAGCAACCUUUUUGCUCUGUUUUUGUUUUAGGGAAAUUUCUGAUAAUCUGCCAGCACCAAAUCUAAAAGGAUCAUUUUCUAAUACUUCAGGUAUGUACUUUAUACAUAGGUAUAUACUAACGGUUAGACUAUAUAUUAAUUUAGUAGUGUUCAUUGCACAGAUCAUGUACAUUACAGCAGAUGCUGCACAUUAAUUGUAUAUUGAACAUAACUAAUUUUAUAUUUUAGCAAGUUCUUUCAUGGAAAAUGCAGUUCUUUGGCACCUAAAUUAUAUAUAUUUCGGGACCUACCCUGCUCUUUCAACUGCAAAUUUUUUUCACUGAUUUUAAUAUUGUAUAUAUAAAUUGUUGUAACCACCCUGGGACCUCUCGCUGAAGGGCAGAUACGAAGUCUCAUCUAAUAGUGAAACCGAGUUGUUUGUGUGUAUUCAGCUUUGCAAGAAACUACAAUAGUUCAGUGCAGGCUAACAUUAAAAAUGCUUUCAAGGACAUAGUACAUGAAGACUUGUUAUAUAGCUUUUUGUCUCUUUUGAGUGUGCAUGUGUAAGAGAGGCAUUUCUAACUAAAUAUUUGAAUCAUCUUAGGUUUGUCUGAGCCACAUGGAACUGUAGUGGUACCAAAUGUCUGCAUUGUACCAUCAGAGAAGUUGUCUGCAAGUGCCAGGCGGCGCUAUGAAGUUCAGGUAUCAUGAAUGAAGCUCUCCUUUUAGUAGCUACAUCGCAAUGUUUCCGUAGCAGUGAGGUCUCACCACAAAUGGUGUAUGUGUCAGGGACACAGAAAAGAAGAUAGGAAGCUGACUUGCACCAAAUCAGACCUUCACAAGUCAGUCAGGCUCAGUACUGCUUACACCAGGAUAUGACUUCCAAAAGCUGAUGAGACUCCAGUUCCCAUAAUUCUUGACAAUCAACCAUGCUCUGUGGGGCUGACAGGAGCUGGAGUACAGCAGCAUCCCCAUCUCUCCUCUACAUUUACUAGCAGCAAUUCUCCAGUUUCAGACAUCAACAUUUCCCAGCCUUGCCUGGAGAUGCCAGGGGUUAAACCCAAGACCAUCUGCAUGGAAUGCAAAUGCACAUGGCUGAAACUUGCCACAUGAAACCUUGCCUGCCAGGCUGCUAGUUGUCUUAAAAUGCCUAGCUUCAAACUAAUACAUAGCCCUUAAGCUUCAUCAUUUCAGCCGGCUUCAGCAUACUGAACUCCAUCUUGGAUUGUGGUUUCUGUUCAGGGUUAUUCUUUUGCAAAAUAGGUUGCCCUCAAGGUGCUUCACAUUAUUUCCCAACUUGCGAAUGUGAUCAAGAAGCAAUACUGACAACUUAAGUCCGUUGAAUCUUCUUUGCUUUUAUAUUGUUUGAAGAAUACAUAUAGAGUCAUGUGUGCAUCAAAAUAUCCAUGAUUGUGAGAGGCAUGCAAUUCACAUUGCCGCUCACCAUCCUAGUGAAUGGAGUUGUUUGGAAGGCUUUUUCAGGACCGAGUCAAUAAUAUUUGCACACUAGGGGGAGCUGUUUUUAUUUUAAGGAUUUAUACCCUGCUCUUUGAACACUUUAAACAAUCUAAUUUGUAGAAUGCAUUGUGUGGGUGGACGUGCAAGUGGAUAUGCAGUUAAACCCCCUGCACACCUGGCUGUUGGUUGGAUAUUUGAUAUACAUGGGGAUUUUCAUUUUGAUGCUUCUGUGAAAACGCUGUAACAUGUAGCACAGUUCAGUGAGAGAGACUUGGCUUGAGAGUAAAGCAGACCCUCCAGAUACAAACUUAAUUCAUUCCUGGGGUCUGUUCGCACCCCAAAAAUUACGUAAAUAUAGGCGUGCUUCUGCACACACACAUGGCGCAUUUGAGCGCUUCUGCGCAUGCGCACGGUGAAACCAGGAAGUAUACAAUUCCGGGUUUGCCAUGGCUGUAACCCAAAGAUUCUGUAUCCAGAGGGAUACGUAAGUAGAGGUACGACUGUAUACAGUUCAACAGGAUUGCUUGUUUUUGUUUUGAUAUGAAAAGGAAUCAUCAGCUUUGUCUGUAUGUGCAUCUUUAAAACCAAAUGUAAUUUCCAGGUACAAACCAAACUCCAGACCUGCAUUGCUACUCUGCAACAGAAAAGUGAAGUUGAAAUUUUAGCAGUAAGUAUCUUUGUUGUGGAAAUUAAAUGUAUGCCACCUUGAGCUCCUUGGGAGAAAAAGAUGAGAUAUAAAUGCAAUAAAUAAAUAUAGGGGAAAACAGAGGAACAAAGUGUUCAAGUUAUUAUUCCCAUUUCCCCUUUCCAAUUUAAUUUUAUUUCCAAGGCCAUGCAGUCUUUAGAAUUUAAAAUUUAGAUGAAAGAUUUGAAAAGUUUAAAGUGGAUUAACUCAAAUGCAACUUGCAUUUCAUAUAUAUUCCAAACUUACAUUGAUUUAAUUUUUGUUUUUCCUGCAGGUGGAUCUGCCGAAGGAAUCUAUAAUGCACUUUUUAUCAUUAGAGGUAAAAAAAACUAUGACUGUCUAGUUCUUAAUGAAAGCCCAUGCUAACUUAAAUAGGCUUGAAAUUCCCACUUGUCAGGUACAGCAAGGAAAGCAAUAUUUCCCUCUGUAGAAUUUAUGCCCACUUAGAGCCAAACAUCUACAGAAAGGUUAUGUAUAACUGUCCCCCCAACCCAACCUCCCCCUUUCCAAGUUUCCUGCUGUCAAAACAGACCUGGACUUUUAUAUACACUACACUUCGGGAAGAGCUAAUAUCAACAAUCAAGCUGACAUUCUCAACACAGUGCACACUAUCAUAUCAUAUCAUACCAACAUAUUAUGCGCUCAGCGUAUUACACACCAUUCCUACUCCACAAUAAAAUAUUUGCCAGUUAAUUACUAUUUCCUCUUCUCAGUGUGAUGCAGAUGAACAAACCUUCUAUUCAACUGUCAAACAGCUGAUGUCACGAUUGCCGAAACAAAGAUACAUUGAACUAAUCUGCGAUGAAAUCCACAAUAUUAAAAUGAAAAAAAGGUAAGCAUCCUUGUAAGCAUGAUUAGAUGGUGUGGAAUUCUCAUAGAAACCAACAAGUCAUUUGCAAAUUUCAUUAAGGCUCAGGCAAUAUUCCACACCGAUAGGGAUAGUCAGAUAAAGGCUCAUUCAGUUCACAGGGUCCUCUCCUAUUCCUCCCUGCCACAUGACCAGAAAGAGGACUUCUGCAGUUUACUUGUGACUUCAAAAAAUCUCAGCUUACUGUUUUGUGCAAACCAGGAAUCCUGGUUUACAACAAGCAACAGUCGCUUGGCUUGUUAAACCAUUGGGCUGUAUCCCAACAAAGUCAUCACAUUAGCAUCAGGACUUCCUCUUCCCUUAUACCCAACGCCAGUAUGAUGAUUUGACAGGAAGGAAAUAAAAGUGCAGCAUAGAACCUUCAUCCAUAGGAGUGGCUGCUGUAUGUGAACAUAAUUCAUUCAAUACCCUGUGGUCAGUAUUUGAAGGAAAAGAGUGUUUGUCAGCCAGUGAAAUUAAGGUGUCUACUUUCUCUUGUAAGAGCGGAUUAUCCAAGCUAUGGAAUAUUCUAAAUGACUGGGAGUAAUGCUUUAAAUGUUCUGUCUUUUUCUUUCUUGCAGAGUGCCUGUGCUUAUCCUCUACACCUACAGAGAUGACUAUUACAAAAUUAUAUUUUAGUACUGAAUGUUCAAAGAGAAUGAACUGGAAUACUACUUGGAACCAAUACAUGCUUCCAAUCACGCUAAUGUGAAGAAAUGUUUUGCGCACACUUGUUACAGGGACUAUGUUGGGACAACUUUUGAAGUAUUAAGGAUUUAGCUCCUGUGCCAUACUUCCUUUACCUCCUUUAAAGCUGUAAAUCUUUCCAGAAUGUAUUGUACAGUAGCCUUUUUUUAUAAAGUCCUGUUUGAUUAU